CUUGUAACCACUUUUGCGACGAACUCGCACUGAACCACGCAUAUUUUUUUAGCCUACGUGAAAUUUCAGAUUGAAUAAAUAGAUGCUUUUAUCUAAAUUUGAUUGUUGAUGUUUAAUUUUUUCUGUCUCAACAGUUUGAAUCUCGGUUGGAGAUACACAACGCCUUCAAUUGAAAGGAGGUAGGAUUGUAAAACAAGCCUACAAAACUAGCCUUUACACCGCUAGCUUUUUUUUCCAUUCAAGGGAAAUAAAUACAGCAACACCAUGCAAGCAACAGAAGAUCCCGAUUGGGAAGAAGAGGAAGAGAUGACUACGACAGAGCGAGAGCUCGCAGACGACGCACAAUGGAAGUUAAUUCAAAAGAAUACAUUUUCAAGGUGGGCUAAUGAGCACCUGAAGACCGUCAAUAAGCAGUUGGCAGAUUUAGAAGCAGAUUUUUCUGAUGGAUUGCGACUUGUUUCUCUUGUUGAGGUGCUGUCAGGAAAGAAAUUUAAGCAUGUCAACAAACGACCCAACUUCCGAACCCAGAAGCUUGAGAACGUUACCAUGGUUCUUAAGUUUUUGGAAGAGGAUGAAGGAAUUCGAAUUGUCAACAUUGGUAAGCUAAUGGAUUCUUUUCAAUCUAUUUAAAAAAAAUUAAUUAAAGGCCUAUAGAUUAUAAAAUAACAAUUAAUUUAUUUUACACUACACUCUACACAUAAGUCAACUCAAAGUCAGUUAAGUAAAUACUCGGGUCGGGUAAAUACACUAAAUCAGUAGCCUACUAAUUAGUCCAAUUAACUAAGUUAAAUCAGUGAGAUGAGUGAGUAUCAAUGAAUUAAAAUCAAUGUAAAUAUUGAAUAUUCAGUAGGCUGGGCCUAAGUUACUAAGUAACAAGUAGGCUAAUUAGUAACUAAGUCUAAUUACAUAUAUUAUAAUAUAAUAAUAAAUUUAAUAAAUAGUAAUAGAUAAUUUAGAAUCAGAAUAGAGUUGAUCUUAACUUACUGCAAAUUAAUAAUGCACAAUAAUAUUUAAAAUUACUCUCACUUAAUUUAGUUAAUGUUUUUCAUAUGAUUUACUGUAACCUAAAUGCAUGUUUCACAUGAUGUGAGCUAAGACCAAGUGUUAUUAUAAUUAUUUUGACACCUGCCUUGCAUGGCUGGGAAGGUAAUAAAUCAAGUUUACCGCAGCUUUAUUAUAAUGAAGCACAAAAUGCUAAAUAUUUAUCAUAGUAUAAGUAUAGUCAUAGAUUAAUUUUUGUUCUAGUUCUAUUUAAGAGCAAAUAUUGUGAAUGCAAAAAUAAAUUUUGAUAAGUUUUAAUUAAAAUCCAUAAAUAAAGUGACUAAAAUUAAUAAUGUAAAAAUUCAAUUACUAUUGUGUCACAAACUGCACCCCACAACCCUCCCGCCCCUUUUUAAAAGAAAUUUGCUUAAGAAUAUCACUAGAAUAAGUUGAAAAAUAAAAUUGUGGAAAUUAGGCCUAUUUGUCUUAUAAGUAUGAAAUAAUUUAUUUUUGUUUACAUUUUUUUUUCUUUGAAAGCUACUAAUUGAACACUUCCUUAAUGAGUCACUGGUACUUCAGUCAUUUUGUGGUUAUCUAAAUUAUAAGUAUCAGCUCUAGUCUCCUAUUGUUCUUUUUGGGGAGGUGGGAGCUCUCAGCAUUGUUUAUAGCAUGGAAUGAGCUGAUCUUCACUGCUAUCAUGAAAAUAUGAUUAUUUAUACAAAAGUAAUCUUAACCUUUUGUAUCUUAAAAGUCAUUGAUUAACUUGCCAAUAUUGUCGAUGGCGGUGAGGACAAUUUUUAUGUAUUUAUUAAGUUUAACUAAUUAGUUCAGAGGAGUAUUGAUCGGUACAGAGGAGCAUAGACAAACAUAGAAAAGAAAUGUUUAAACAAUUAAAAUAGUAUAAUACUUUUAUAGUAAAGAAGUCUGCAAGUAUAGAUAAACAAGUACUGUGGUGUUAUGACCCUCCUCAAUUACCGCUUAAUUAUAUAAUGAGUGUAUCCUCAUGGAACAACCAGUAGAAGUUUUUCUCAUAAAAGCUUUACCGGUACUUAAAAAAUUAUAUACCCAACGAGUACUCUUGAUACCAGACACCCUGGUACAUCCGGUUUAUGAGAGCUUAUCUCUGGUGACUUUUCUUGUGACCUACUUUAAAUACCAACUUGCCUUUGGUCCACCAUUGAUUUACAAGGUGAAAUUUAGAGUGUGAUAAGUGGGUUGUAAGAUUUCAGUUUAAGGUAUAGGAUUGAAGUGGGGAGGGCACUGUUCAGCUCCCUAAUAUCUCUUGUCAGUUAGAUAUGGUAUGCUCUGAAGUAGUUUAGAUAUAUAAAUGUUCCUAGCCACGCCUGGAAAUAAUAUUUUAGAGUAGUAAUUUUAAGGCCAAUGGGGGCUUGGGGCUGACAGCUAGGACAACAAAAUCAAUAUGCAUAACAUAUAAGGAUAAUACAGGCUAUUUCGCUUUCUACCAUUGUGACCUACUGAUAAUUAAACAUGAUUAACAUGUAUUUACCAUUUAGUAUACAUUUUUGUUUACUGGCUUCAAGUGCUCAAGUUUUGUUGGCUCAGCAGUUUGUGAGUGACUAGGCCUUCCUUGCCUUGUGGUAAAAUAAUUUUUCAUAUAAUUUUGCAAACUAAAAUCAGGACAGAAGACAAUGGGAUUAACAAAAUAAAUGAUUACAUGAAUACCUUAUUAGGAAAAAGUUUGGUCUCCUUUUUUUUUCAUGAUUAAUGGAAAUGAAAAUAUUUUAGGGUUUGGCAAUUUGCAAAAACUCAUCCAGUUGGUCCUUUCUAGUAAUUGUUAUGUGGUAAAUAUAAUCCACCUUACGCCACCCAUCAGCAAACCGGAAACUCUUAUUUAUAUUUAAUAUGGUACACAGAUGGACUUUACAUUGUUUAGAUAUUUUGGUUUACAUGUCAUUGUUAAGGAAUGUUUUCUAAAAAUAAAUAAACAAAUAUGAGGGUGACAUUUUCAAACCCUAAUUAUUAUACAAUUCUCCAAAAUCAGUAAUUCUCCAAAAUCAGUAAUCGAUUCUCCAAAAUCAGUGAUCGUUACCAUGAACAGUGUCUAAGCAUGUGGGGGGGGGGGGCGUAGGGGAGGGAAAUUGUGCUAGCUAAGGUGUUCUUUUUAUGUACAUGUGGUAAACAUGGGGGGGGGGGGGCGUAGAGGAGGGAAAUUGUGCUAGCUAAGGUGUUCUUUUUAUGUACAUGUGGUAAACAUUUAAGGAUAAGUGAAGCUCAGAAGUGGCUACUAUGAAGAUUUUCUCCCCAUCAAGUCUUCAGCAGAAACAUAGCUUUUCAGUUAUGCACGCCAUGUACAUUGAACAGAUAGGGACGGACCCAAGGCCCCCCUGGUGAAUUUAUAGUCUUAGCUAUGUUGGAGUUUUCCCAUGCCUUUCCAAGUUAACUAGAGUAAUAGGUGUGUCGCUGUUUGUGUGUUUGUUUAAAUUUGUUGUCAUUUUCUACUCUUGAUCUCGCCUUUUGGAAUCUCACAAUGUGCAAACCAUAAACAGAUGGUUCAAAUAGUGGCUUCAAUUUCUAAUGGUUCAUAUCGAUCCUUUAUGUAUAAUGUGACAGGUGGUCCUCAGUAAUCAAAUAGUUGGUUGGACUUGCAGCAUGGUUAUCUUCCUUGAACAUUUUAAAACACUAUCAGCUUGUUCCUUUUCAUGAAACAGACGGGACUUAGACUUUUGCGCCACUUCCUUUGAUGUUUUUUUUUGGGGUGUGUUGUCAACCCUCACUGAAUGAUCUUUAAGCAUGUGCGUUUACAUUUUGAAGACUGAACAUGACCUCGUUCGACACCAUAUAAUUUAUUUUAGAGUUAGGCAUUUUUCAACCUUUGGGUCACUGAAAAUUGUCCUCGUUUGCUUGUUUUUUUUUUUUCUUUCUUUUUUUUUUCUUCGUCCCCCACAUUUUUACGCCCACAUUGUUGCAGGUUGGUAUAACUUCAACAUAAAAAACAUAAAACAAGGACGUAGUAAUUUGUACACUAAACUAACGUGGACACAUUAAGACAUUGACUGACACUGACACGGCUCUUUCUGCGUCCCUAUCAUGAGGCAUAAACUAGUGGAUUUUAAAUAUAUAGGAUCAAAAACAUAGUAUUUGUGAAUCGGUGGUGCAUAUGGCAUAUAUAUCAUGUGGGUGAGUAGAAUAUGGGAGCACACACAUUAUUCAAGUCUAAUAAUUUGGUUUAUCGCCCAUGUCAUCAUCUAGCAAACGAUUGUUUUCGUUCCGUGUAAUUCACAUUUAUGAUUAUAAAUGACCUUUCGCCUAAAAAAGAAUGUUCUCUAACUAUUUUGCACACAGUCCGUUUGAAGUCUUUCGGGGAGAGCCUAAUGAAAAAGCGGAACACGAGUUCAAUAGCCCUCCACAAGCCAAUGUUUGAAUAAGGCCGAUGUUGGUGGGGAAACAUGACUAAAGGUGUCCAGUCAGCGAUGUUCCUACUGAACUAACUACUUGACAAACCGGUGCCUUAUUCUGGGGUUUAUAAAUAGAGUUUUAUUUAUUUAACGUCUACUACACCAUAAAAGUCUAUCGGUUAUCAUUUCUGUAGGGCAACAAGUCCAGCUUAAAAAACCAAAACCAAACAGUUCCAUUGCUUCAUCUUGUAACACCAUCGUAUUUAAUGUUACAUCGAAUAGUAUGGGGGAGACUAUGACAUCGAAUAGUAUGGGGGAGACUGUGAUCAAGUUAUAAACAGGUAAUGAAGGAUAAUAACUAAAUUUAGCAUUUAAAAAUUUAAGGCAUACAAACACAUUACAGUGAAUAUAUAUUCUAGGAUAUGCUAUAGUAUAAUAAUCUACCACUGUCUACAACAUUUCAUACGUGAUUCUAAUAGACUUCUGAGAGAAAAGGUCGCUGCUAGAGGUUAACACACUAUUGCAGAGUUUAACUUAGAUUUGCUGGAGCAGAACUUCUCAACUUUAGUUCAUUACCACAGCUCGUAGUAAACUUGUUAGAUAUUUAUUUUAUAGUGAAAUCCAACUGAAAAAAUAAAUUUAUUUAAAGUGCAAAGUGGGGCGGCUUUCUUGCGCUUGGUUUCAAGCUAGUCAUGUCUUAAAUGAAAUAAUAUAAAAGUGUCUUCCCCGUGUUCGGGCGGGUAUAUGUUUAUGUGUUGCUUGUCCUCGGGUGCAGAUAAAAGCCAUUGUGUUAAAGAAUCACCACACAGGAAGAGCCACAGGGUUCCUACUUGCUACAGAUUACAUUACGGUAGCCCAUUGGGGGCAUGUGGUGUGGCUUAUUUUCAUCUUUACUUCCACUUGCCAGGCUUAAACUUUGAAUGAUUGCUAGCUACAGUAGCGCCACUAGCACUUCUAAACAUAAGAUAAUAAAUGACCUUGCUAAUUUCUGUUGAAGUGUGUUUACUACGCAUGCGUGAGUUUAUCUUUUAUUUAACGAGUUUUCGCCUGCAGGAUCAAAGUCUUUGAUUCAAAGCCCGCCAUAAACAUGAUGAAAUGUGCUAUUAACGAAAGGUUAACGUGGCUCGUGUUAAAUACUUUAAAUAGCAUGUGUUAUUGAAAAUUAUAACUACAUUAUUAUCACCGUAGUCUCUAUAAAAGUAUUAUCACUCUACAGUCUCCAAAUCGGUCUCAUUAAACGACACUAACUAAACAACUACUUCCGGGUAUGAAUGUUGACAACCCUUGGAGCCUAAAGAAAUAACGCACUCUAUUUUACAAAGAGUGUGGUUAAAAUUACUUUUGAACUUUGUUUCUGAGAAAAAAACAUUUCUCCUGUACCGCCUGUGGUAAAUCCGAUGGAAUACAAGUACUUCCCGUUGGUUGGAAGUCACCGGCGAAAUGGAUGGGCCAUAAUAAUAGCACAUUCGAGGGGCCUGCAGUACUGUUGGCCUAAUGUCUAUUUAUAGCUAAUGGGUUGUAAUAGCGCAGGGAAAUUCUACUGGCAUCUUUCAGGUUGCUUAGACACACCCUCAGUUAUACUGUAUCAUUGUAUGAUAUAUUCAAUGUUCUUGUAGCUUUCACUAAUCUGCACUUUUGAGGAACUCUCCGUGCAAUGUCAGCAAUCCUGGACCCGCUUCAGUGACACAAAUAACAUACAUUAUAUUAACAAUUAGAGCAUGGAAAACGGUGUUUGUUGAGGCAUUGUGAAUGACGCCCAGCUUGCUGAACGAUGUAGCUGUCAGCCAGUAGGCCUUAAGGUGCUGUAAGCUUAAGAGUGUACCGUUGUUUACCUGCCACGACGAGACUGGCCCCCAACUAACAAGUAUUUGUCCUGAUUGCUGCCAAAUCUAAGGUACACAAACAUGUGCGUUCAUGAAUUUAAAUUCAAAAUUUAUGAAAAUACUUGGACAACGAGAAAUGUUGACGAGGAACUUAAAUGUUAACCGAUUCAUCAACUCGUGUUUUGGUGACCCAAGUUGCUUUUAUUGACGGAUCUAGGGAAGGGCAAUGGUGGGACAAAUGACUGCCCCCCCCCUCACAACUUUUCUGGAGGCGUUCAUGAUGAUUUGCCUAUGGUUGUAAUAUUUUCACAAAAUAUCAUCAUUUAUGGUGUUCAUCAAAGAAAUCUGAAAUAGUAGUUAAACAAAAGGAAAUAUUUUAAUCCAUGGGAUGUGUAUGACUCUGGAGAAAAUCUCCUGAUAAGUCAGCCCCGCAGAGCCCAUUCCUGUCCCACUACUUAUCCACGUCAGGACAGUGCAAUAACUAUUUGGAAGAUACCAGCGGAGGAGUCAAAUCGCCGUGAUUCAUACAUAGUGCAUGUAUAUUAUGAAUAGAGGAAAUUGCCAAAUUGUUGUUACCAGGUCAAAGUUCUUGCCACACCGACGUGUCGACAAAGCUUUGUACCGUGGGAGUUAAUGCCAUUUAUACGUUCGUACCGAUUUCCGAGGUCGAGCAGGAUAUAGUAGUUAUUUGUAAACCACAGCUUCCGGGGAAACCAUCACAGUGCUACGACUAUUCUAUUUAAAAGUACUCUUGAAUGUGUUUAUUUUUUUAGUUAGAUCCCCUUGUAUUUUACUAUAAUAGAAUUAGGUCCUUUCCUCACCAAACGGACAGGAUCCACUUUCCUUGAUAUCCCUCUCAUGGCACCUCAUCUGUAUUAAGUUCAUCAGUGUUUUAAAGAACAAUGUUAAAGAACAAUGUUAAAGAAAAUAAUAUGGACAAAUUGCGUUUUUUUAUGGUGAUGGAAGUUCAUACAGCUGUGAAUUAAGACUUGUCUAGUGCAUGUUGUUCUUUUUAAAGGUUCUUUACGGAGCCUUAUUAUAUAUGAUCAGUAAAGAUAUCUGAGAUAAGUGUGUAGGUUUAUUGCUAUAUGGAUGCUACUUUUUUUCAGAGCAGUUACUGGUCUCCGCGGUACAACGCUAAUAUUUAAGUGUCGAUACAUGUAUAAUAUUUCCACCAUAAGUAUUUCUAAAAUAUAGUGGUUUGUAUUGGGACUGGCAUGAUUUACGUAUAUUUUGUUUUAAAAAAAUGAGUGCACUGUCAUUAAUACGCUUACAGUUUCUGCUUUCAAUUUAAUUUUCUGGGAUGUCUGUUCAUUAAGCUCUUACUGAAUUAGUCACUCGUCUGUAUGCGUGCAGAUUGCAGUUGACAGUUCAAAGCGGCUGUUCUACACCUGGGGCUAGCCUUCUCGGUUCAAACAUACGCCUGACACAUGUUGGAGAUAUUUAGAUACUGCCUUGUUGAACACAUUCUUUCCAGUGCUAACAAGUCUGAACAAAGUACCCACUUAAUAAAACCACUGCCCUGGAUAUUACUGAUAAAAGGAAUGAAAAGUCCAUGUCUAAUUCCCCCCCUCCCCCAAGGUAUAUGGGGGGGGGGAGGAGGAGAAUCCACAGGAUGACACCCACAUAGUUUUCCGUUGUGUGAUGAGGUAUCGACAAUGACGUCGAAAGAGAUAACACUGCACGACCUUCCCGAUUUACCACCCUUGUCACAGUGGUAAUCUUUUCUUGUCAGAAAUGACGAUUAGAACUCGAACAAUUAUUUUUAACUGGCACUACUUUUACAGCGGCAUGAACUGUACAUUAUUUUCCCAAUGAAGAUUUGCGAUGCUUGUUUUCUCUCUCUAUUAUUGUAAGGGUAAUGCCUAACAUCGCACAGACAUUAACUGGACUACUUCAUUUGAGUGAAAGUGGGGGCUUUCUAAGCCGUCUCUAAAAGGAGUUGUCCAUAUCAUAGGUUCAGAGUCGGCUUGCUUCUCUCUCUCUCUCUCUCAAAUCAUAACUUUACAUAUUCUCUGAUACGAUCGUAUUCAAAUGGCUGUCCUUUUUAUUAACGAUAAUAGUAAUCAUAAAAGUAAUCGAGUUAAUGUUUAGCUAAAUACCUAAAUGAUAACCAACAUUUACCAGCUAAGCCCAACAAGGAAUAAUAGUGUACGGUUGUGUCAAAGUGGUUUUGUCUUAUAGGUAUCUUACUUUAAUGAAUGUCUAUAAAUUUACAUUAAUGGUACUGAUAUCUGUAAACCCCCCCCCCCUUACACCCGGAAAAAAAAGAAAGGAAAGCAAAUACAUUUAAUAAAAUAAAUAACAUGAAAUUUAAAAAAAAGAAUAACAAAAAAGCUUUUGUUGAUACAACACUAAUGACUCCUGUCACCGAUGGUAAGGAUUUCACUCAAGCUUAAAUGGCCACAACAAUCUGACCGAUACAAAAGAUUAGAGCCGGGGGUUGGGAAGCUAAUCAGCCAAUUUGCUUGUGAAGCGAGAUUGUACGUCUUUUACUGAACGGGGCAGGGAUAACAUUCCCACCGCCCAACCCCUUGGCUUUGUGGCCCCAUUCUAUGGACACAAUGGCCACUUUUCAGUAGACCAUCAAGUGGAGCCACCGUAACCUGAGACCAGUGAUAACACGUAGGGGCGCCGACAGUACUUCUUGGGACUUGUCGUUUUGUCAUUCCUCUGUAAUCAGGGUGUGUAGUAGAAAUAUUGUUUAUCUCUAAGAAAAAUAUAAAGCACCUAUGAACUUUAUUCAAAGUCGUCGGUGGCUACCGAUCAUUAGACAAGUGUGUUGCUUAUUAUUUUGUUUUAUUCAUUUUGCCAUUCCUUUACUUAAAAGCAUCUUGGUUUAAAUACAACUUUGCAUUGUCAUUCCAUCUGCGUUAUUUCCGCUUUGCAUUUCUCAAGUGUGAGGCUUUUAGUCCAUAACAUUUUUUUAUGAGAUAACUAUAAUUGCCAAAGCGUUUACGAAAUAUGCAAAGACGUACAUGACUAUCCCAAAUUAAGCCAUAUGUGACGCUAAGCCAAGUAAAACACCCCUCCCCAAUACGUCACGGAGCAACAAACCCGUGAAGAUACCGGCUUCAAAUUAUGUAUGUGACCCUCGUGUGUUAUGGGCUUACCCCCCUUGCUUCAUUUUUAUAUAGAAGUAAACAGUGCGUGAAUAGCUUGUUGGAUUGAAUGAACAGGUUGGCGGAUAUCCCCAUCCCAUAGCUUCCACAUAAACCUUCACAUCCCACCACCUCCUCGUUCGUAGGGCUGAGCUGGGCGCAGUUUAUUUUACACCCGGCCCGUCAUUUGAGACAAUACCCGGUGGGUCCGAGUCGGGUUGUGACAAAUAAAGAGCAAUCUUCUCAUUUUCUAUAAGGUGAAAAAAUACAGUGUAGAACUAGUAGCGAUCACGAAGGCAUCAAAGUUGAAGGCUUCAAAACACUAAUAGCUUAAAAUAAUAUAAAUUUACCCCGGCGGUUCUCAACCUCCAUAGUACCAUGACCCCUUUGUGGCUCUUGCCACGUUGGGGCGACCAACAAUCAGAAUUAUACCUUUAACUUUAAAUCGAGAAACAGUUGUUGAGAAGUGGGAGGGGGUGGGAAACUUUUUACAAGUUUAGAUUAAAAGGUUUUGUCGUGUAAUUGUGUUCGAGGGUGGAAGGAGGCAGAAAUAAGGGCUAAGCAGAGUGGAGGGCUCUGUAGAGGGGGCUCUGUCAGUCUAUCUCCAGAAUAGUUGUGAAAUUCGCGCACCUGAUUAUAGUAUUGAGUUGAAUCUGCCAACCUUUAAGUUUGGGCACACACACUAGUCAACAAUAAAAAUACAAGCAACAAAUUAAAGUAAUAAAUAAUGUAAUAUUUAACAGAUGGUCAGAAACUGCCCAAAUAUUUAUCGUUAACCAGCAGCCAACAUCUACCGAAUGUAUCAUUAAACAUUUUAAAAAAAAUAAAAAUGUGGCUAUAGUGAAGUUAGAAUGUAGUAACAAUAAGAAACUAGUCCCAUCACUGUAAAUAAUAUUAAGCAUGAAAAUAAAAAUGCAAGUAAGAAAAAACAAAACAAAAACAAAGGGGUCGUGACCCACAGCUUUAGAACGUACGCAUAUUAUUUUAAUAAAUAUUUUAAUCAUCAUCAUGGCGAUACCAUCCUAGCCUUCUUCAAGUUCAGCCAUAGACUAGAAAACACGCUGUCUUUCUAUACUCUACCUAAAAUCUGACGUCAGAACAAAAAAUAUUCCCCCCCCCCCCCCCCUUUCCCAACCUGGGUCUGAAUUUUAAACAUUAAACUUUUUUCUAUUUAAAAAAACAAACAAAAAAACAACCUCAUACUCCUUCAUUGGUUCCUAUCUUUGGGUCCUUUAACAAUAUUUAAAAUAUUUUAAAGGAAAAAAAAUGCUUGGCCACCACAGCCACGUCUUACACAUCACCUCUCUAUUUCUCCUUGGCUUUGACCUAUUUAGCCGCAAAACUCCCUUAUAAGGACACCAUUUAAAGUCAGCGUUAAUCCACCGGUCCGGUCCGUUAGUCAACUUUUCAAAUGUGAAUGAGGCCGGCGUAGUGGAGUGUUGGCGGUCGAUUUUUAAUAACAAGUCGUAGCUACUAAGUUUAUCGUACUUUCUGAGAAUCUCUUAUUUCAACAGCUUUCGAUCUUGUCUGCCUUAAAUAGCAGCAAGUUUAAAGCUGUAAACACAAAGUUUUCAUUCAUUGCCGUCUACUAUAGAUAGUCAGUAUUUCCACACACAAAUUGUCAGUGAGACGAACUUGUACUGGCCCUUAAUAACGUUGAUGUUUAUGCUUUGAUGAACAAUGAAAAACGUCAUCAUCAACAUCUUAUUAUAUUAACCAGAGAAAUCUGCCUAUGAUUAGUCGGCCUUCAUCCACUUUACUCCUAGGACUGCCGUCUGGUUAUAUAAUUGGGGGAUUCAUUGUUAGCUUUGAUACGCCCACCACGUUUUUUAAUUUUCUUUUUGUAACUAGUGAUAUUUAGAGAAUAUUUUAUUGUAGAAUAUAAAAGAGUUGGCAUAGUUGCUGUUUAACCUUUGAAUGUUCUGUAAGUCCAGGGUUGUGGUAAAGACGAGUGAUUUAGGCCACAUACAUUUUGUGGUCAAGUUGAAAUAUAAAACCCCCGACUUAGAUAGCAAUUUCGUUCGCCCCAUUAACUCGGUCCAACCCCCCCCCCCACCCUCCAGUCCCCCCUCCCCACCCUCCAAUCCAUCACGGUUGUCGCCAGUCCAUGAAAUUGAUAGCACAGCCAGAUAAUUUCAGUUAUAACCGAAUUCCUUCUUCAUUGUACGGCGAUACAAAACUUGAUAGAGUUGUAUGGGUGGCUUUCAUGCUUAAUUUACCUUAAUACCCACCAAUAGGUAUUUUAGAUGAUGGUAUAUUCAUGGUGUGUGGGUCGCACAUAAGCGCACGUCUGUGUUUUACUCGUGUUAAUAAACGUGUGUACAAGAAUGCAGGUUAACAACUGCUUGUUACCCCGCCCGCUAGACUGAAUUCUCUGCCUCUGUUUUGGUUGAUUGUGGUUGGAGAUUUGCAUAAUGUUGUGGAUUGUGUCUCGCAUGGCAAAUUUUUAUUUAUUUGAAUAACUCUACGAUGCCACCAUUUUAUAUCUUUAUAUUAAGUAGAAAAGGAAACAUGUUAAUGUCACAGCUUUGACGAGAUUUGAAGACCACCAAGUUCUUUGUUGGCCAAAAGUUUGGGUCAAAAUCUCCCUUGAAAUAUUCCUUUCCCCUAAACAUUAAGAAAAAACACGCACUCACACACACACACACACAUACACACACACACACACACACACAUAUAUAUACACACACAUAUAAUGAAAGAACUAAAGUUUACCUGUCGACGUCUGCAUAAAGUAAAAGCAAACAAUUUAUCUCAGGGGAUCCACCAUUGUUAUUUUAACUGGAGUACGGCGUUAUAUUUUAUAAAAGAAAACAGUUUGUCGAAACACAUAUCAUAAACCCCCUAACAAGCUCCGGUGUCGUGUUUUCCUCUUAACAUAAUAAUGGCGUGCAAUGAUCUACUACCAGGGAUCACUUGUACAAAUAUGGACAGACACAUGAUAUGGGCCAAUUUGUAUGGGAACGCGGGAUCAGGGUGAAUUUAGACAAGUACAAGUGGUGAAAAUAUGGUUGAUGCAGCUGUUUCAUUUUAACCCUGCCUUCUUGUCUAAUGCAUUUUAAAGAUGCGUCUUCUAUAUAAGGUAAAGCAAACAAGUCUGAAGACAAAUUGAGCUUUAGAUGAAAGAAACGAAUAAAUGCAACAUUUUGUGGGUCCCAUGGCUACCUUCAACUAAACAUAUUAUCUCUUAAUCUUUUUGCUUCUUGUAUCCUGCUUCCUCUUCAAAACCGCCCUUCCCCCAACUCCUCAAGUUUUAUAUCAAUAAUACUGAUUGAAAUUAAUGGUGUCACGCAGAGAGCGUCAUGUGUGAUGGUUGAACUCGGGUAAAUAGUUCAAUUUUUUUUUUCUUGGUGGGGAGGGGGGGGCGACUAUCAUUAUUAUGGUGUGGGACUGUAUGUAGGACCAUUAUUUAAAGGACUGGUAGUGUGUAGGACUGUCUGUAGGACUAUUGUUUAAAGUCCUGCAUAUAGUAUAGACAAUGAAAAGUUAACUCAUUUUUUAACUAUUGGGUCCACCGGGUAUUUCCUCAAAAUACCCGGACCCGGUGAGUAAAAGCAGCGCCCAGUUAAGCUCUAGUUAUUUGAAUACACAUUCUUGUUAAUGCUUUCCCUUUAAUUUCUCUGCAAAUUCAAAUAACAACUCAGAAGAUAAAUAUCGACAUGAUUAAGUAUAGUGAGGAGUUAUGUUCAAGCUUUGCUAUAGGGAAAAUCAUUUUUCUUUUCGUGAAUUGUAAAAUGUUUGAUAGAACUGUUGCACUCAGAAAACCCGGCUGUUCAUGGUUAGGUACCGCUGAUCACAGAAAAGUUUGAGGCGGAGGAAUUUCAUUUCUCACCAUCGUGUUGACCGUCUGUGGUGCUUUUAUUUAACCAAUAGGUGAGGGCGAGCGAGCGGAUGCAGAUAUUCUUAUACUGCUUCUAGCUCACUGCAUCCUAAAUUACCGGUAAUUCGCCUUUCGAAAGACCAGCUCUGUGGUAAUGUUCAACAAACUACAAACGCAUACGUUGUGCAUGCAUUUUGUCAAAAGUUCAGCGCGGAUGAACAUUUAUUCAACAGCAUACAAAAAAAUGUCCUUGAAACAUUCUCGGCGACUCUUGAAAUGUGCUGACCUCUUGAGAAAAGAACAAGAGCACUGUAGUGGUAUAAAUUGGAAGAGUGACAUGAUUAUAAAGCCUGGUGAAAAAUAGUGUGGGAUUAGAGGCGCGGGGUAUUAAUUGGAUGAUCCCUAAAAGCUGUAUGUUUAUCGGCAUGGAUUUGAAUAAAUAAUAAGUGCAUAAGACAUAUUGGACCUGUCUACUUGACAUUUUUUUCUCUUUCUUUUUCAAUGCAUGUGUUAUAAUGACGUACAUUCUGUACCAAAGGCGCAAGGUUCAAGCUAUGUGUAUACAUAGUGCAGGUAUCAAUGGUCCUUUGUGCGGUCAAAUAUUUUUACUGAGGUUACUUUGACCUUUUUACAUGUCCUGAAUAAAAAACCCGGUGUCAGCCAGGAGCAGGGACGAUGACCCACAGGAAAACACUUAAACAUCUGUUGUUUGCUCUGCGAUAGGGACAAUGAAGCAACUUAGAAAGAAAAUACAAGCGCAAACAAUAGGAUACAAGCAUCCGCCUCUGAACAUAUUUCUUGUAAUCAAAAUCGCUAUAUUUAUUCACGUCGAGAGGCCUCGUCGCAAACAUUGUAUCAAACUGUUGAACACGUCAUUUGAUUAACCCAGGAGAGCACCCCGAUGUCAUUACUCAAUACCACCUGAUUGUGCACGAUACAUUUUUGGUAUUUUGUCUAAGUUUAACAUUUAUAUCCUUUCUCUUUGUGUAUGUGUGUGUGUGUGUGUGUGUGUUGCUAGCUUCUGUGUUCAAGUUCUACGUGAGGAUUAUUUUCUAAACCAAUGAGAUACAAUUUAAGUGCUAAUUGUGGUGCUUCUAACAUAAGACGCACUAUCUAUCCACACAUCAUGUAAUCUUGUAUUUUUACUUGUAUUUUUACUUGAUCCAUGACAUUUAAACAUUUAGUAUGAAGUACCGAAUUUUUCUUCAUUAAAUAGAAGGAAAAAAAACCUUUAAAGUAUGUUGCCUUUAUAUCUCUUAAAUUCCUACAAUAACCUGUAGAACUGUGAUAAUAGGUGUACGGUUACAGUUUCCGUAAGAUAAUAUUUCCUCGUCUCAGUUGGAUAAGUUUUGUUAUCGGACAUCUUGUUUUAUUGCCUCACUUAAAGCAGAUAAUUUUUCUCAUGCCGUAACAGGACCAACUUCACCUCCUAGAGUUGAAAGCGUGCAUUCGUAUCGUGUAUCAACUGGAGACGGCACGUGAUUGUGAAUGUUCUUAACGUUUGCUACAUUCCCCCCCCCCAACCACCCCCAUUGACACUGUUCCUCUCUUUCGACAGGAGCAGUGUUUCUCAAACUAUUUUCAGGAGAAAAUUUGUCCUCUCUAUCGACAGGGUUUCGGUAGAAAAUUUGUUUGUAUGUGAGCUUUAUGGUAAGAAAAGACAAAACAGAGAUGAUUAGAACUGCGUGUUGAUUUCUAUUUAUACUGUCGAAACCUUCGUAGUUAAUAUUUCCAUUUAUCUGUUUCAGAUAUAGUUGAGUGUUAUCUCGUGUCGAAAAAGUUGUAGAAACUGUGUUUUUUUAAAGAUUUUGAAACAUAAUUAAUGGAUAAUACAACUGUUAUUGCUGUAUUUUACUGUACUUUUUUUUGUUAGUGGUAAAGUUGCUUUUGAUUGAAGCCUAAGUGUGUUGUAUCUGGGUCCGAUUUUUUUUCCAUCUACCGGGAAGCGUGUUAACGUUCGUGAUCGUCCAUAGUUUAAAUUAAUAUUUACGCUCAUGGCCAUACUCCCACGCAAAUAAAUCUAUAAAUUAGACAAACAAGCCGUUGCCACCAGGUCAUCAAUGGUAAUGAGAUGUACCGGUAGGCUGGUAGGUUAAGUCAAGGUCUCCGCGACUUCUCUUGAAAUGACCAUACGGGAUUUAUAAAAAGGACUUACGAAUGAAACGAAUAUUCGAAAUGUGUUAGGACUCGACCUUUAGCUUAGACUGUCCUUUUGACCUAGGUUGUUGAGUGUGAGACUCGAAGUUUUAAAUAGUCUUAGAAUCUGGCCGUGCCAUUAUGCACAGGUUCAAAGAAGGGAAAAACAAUCACAAAAUUAUGUUAUUUAUUUAUCCGAAAUAGGGGUAAAAACACUGUAUCAAAAAACCACAGUCGGUGUUUAAUAAACUGAGUGACAACAAUGUGGAAAUUUGGUCUCACCCACUGUGAUGUUUUCUUAAAUAUGUACGCACGAGGAAUUAACAGGCAAUUAAAUAUGCACAUGAAGCCAAUAGCGAAGUUUUCAAGCUCCAUACAUUUUAAUUAUUAUUGGGAAUGUGCUGCCCAGUUGUUAGCUAAAAGUAUAACUUAUAAGAUAAGUUAGAACUUUAUAUUUUUUAUGUUAUAAUAUCUAUAUGCUUGUAAAAUGUUUUCUACUUGUCUUUUUUCAGACAGUACAGACAUUGUUGAUAAAAAAUUGAAGCUGAUCCUUGGUCUGAUAUGGACCCUCAUUCUCCACUACUCCAUCUCCAUGCCCAUGUGGGAGGGAGAAGAACCCACACCCUCGGAGAAAGCGCCCACACCCAAGCAGAGGCUGCUCAAUUGGAUCCAGUCCAAGGUGCCUGAUCUUCCUAUCAAUAACUUCACGACUGACUGGAAUGAUGGAAAGGCCAUCGGAGCUCUUGUGGAUGCCGUGGGACCAGGUCAGUUGUCUUCUCAUUUAUUGCUGACUUCCCUUUCUGAUGUCCAUUUAUUUUCCCGUAAGCCUCUUUCUGAUCUCCUCCUGGACAUCGUAUAACCCUGGAACUUGUGUGGUGGUGGAGGAACAAGGAUCUAUGGAAAGCAUAACAUACAAAUCAGGCACUCAUAAUAUACAUUUACAUGAACAUUUGAUCUUGAUAAACUUCUAAAAUAACUACUCUGGUAAGGGACUAUUUCAUAAAAAAAAAAAAAGCAGCAGAGACAGUCUAUGACACUGGUCAGAGUUGUUGUUGCAUUCCCUGUUAUGCAGUAAUUAGUUUAACAUUUAAAGAAGGAAAAUAAAAACCGAAGUGUAAAUGGUGAGUAAUGGUAAUGUAACAGUAGUUGAUGGUUCUUUUGUACCUUUUCCCACUACCUCGGCUAGGUUAUUGCUUGUCAGACUUAUAACCUAGUCUUGUAGCCAGAAUAACCUAAUUGUAAUAUUGUUGUUCACUAGGUUUGUGCCCUGACUGGGAGGACUGGGAUCCCAAGAAGAACAAGGCUAAUGCCAAGGAGGCCUUGGAUGCUGCUGAGAAGUGGCUGGACGUACCCCAGGUGAGUUGGUUGUCUUACUUGCAUGGGUCAACCUCAUUAAAACUUUUUUUUAGAUUCAGAUCUGUGUACAAUGAGCAGCUAACCACCACCCCACUUUUUGUUGUUGUUGUUGUUGUUUUCAUUUUGUUUAUAUAUUUUACUGUACACACAAACAAGAGAAGAACUUAAAAUAGAGCAUCAUCAAGCAUCAUUACAUGGAAUAUUUCAGUGGUUCAUGGUGUAGAUAACUCAGUGGCCAUAGAAUUCAAUACGUUUGGGAAUGGGACUCAAAUUCUGAACAUAAAUAUCCAUCCAUACUAUUUCAAUAGUCCCCCAAAUGGUGGGUGGGGGUCAUGUUGUGAAAGUCGGCAUUUGUCUCUGCAUUCUAAAGCUUUAGUACCACAGCCUUUGUUUUCUAAAUGAUCGCUAAUUUACUUGUUUUGUAACACCCCUCGCUCCUAGGUAAACGUGAUGUUCCUUGUGCUUUUGGAUGAUUAAAAAUGCAUACUAAAUAUGGAGCCAAAAUGAUCAAUAAAUUGAUCGUGGGCCCUUAAGAUAUAGAAGAAGAAGAAGAAGAAAUAUACUGCUUAAAAAGCAAACACGAAAAAAGCGUCUUUAACACACAAACACCCCCCCCCCCCCCCCCCCCCCCCCCCAACACACAACCACCCCCCCCCCCCGUCCCCCGUCCCCGUCCCCCCAUUUAUUUUGACACUAAUUUCUAAGUCAGUGUUAAAUCUAGAGUUUAUUCUAAAUUAUUUUCUAAUGAUAUCACCUUUCAAGUGACAUUUUAUGGUGAUUUAGUUCAGGAUGGGACUGGUGUGAAAGCGUAUGAUAAAUCUAUAUUAUAUCAACACCGUCGAGUAGGAUGAGGGAAGAAAAUACAAUGAACGUCGUUUAUUUGUCCACCAGGCUUAUUACUGACGAAAAAAUCGAAACAUUAGGUCGUCUUUGGGGUUUACACCUCUGAUCGAUAAAAAUCAAUCAUUCAUGGAUAAUAUCCACAAAGAAAUCGAUGCAUCGGAAGGUCGCGAUGGCAGAUCGUGGGCUAACGGUAUGUUGAAGAGGGCGUUCAAAGAUGAUGUGUGCUGUGGGAAGUCCCGUGACAAAGCUCAUUAGCCGAGGGGCCUUCAUCGUGCCUAUCUUAGAUGUACUGCGGAGAUAGCGUUGCUGGGUUCGUGUUCGUGGGGGACACAGCUUAAAUGAUGUUAUAUAAUAUUCAGCGGCGGAGUCAGGUCUGGCACCCAAGCACAUACUUCAACGCGCCUGGUUGUUUUAAAGGAGAUUUGAUAGAAAUAGAUUUACCUCUGCCAAUGCUAAUUGCAAAACUAGACAUACAAUUGGUUUUACAUCUGUACACAUUUUGUAGUUAAUAUAUGUUUGUUUAGAAAACGUAAUCAUUUGUGAGGAGGUCAAUUUACCUACCGAAAGUGUUAAACCCUGAACUGAUGACUCUCUUUGCAAUUGCAAGUUCAGACAUUCUGUUAGGAGAUCAAAUGUCAAAACCUUAUGCCAAUCAUGGAUUUAUGAAACAUGUCAAAACCCUACGUCAAUUAUGGAUUUAUAAAAUAUUUAAAUAUCCUAGACCAAUCAUGGAUUUUAGACAUUCCAUACAAGUGUAGCAUAUUAUACGGUGUUUAAUGCAGAAAGCGCAAAGUAAAGUUUCCGAUAUACAAAAUAUUUAUUGAGUACGUAAGCCUAGGCUCUGGCAUCCGUCUUGGCUUCCGUGUAAAUAGGAGGGUUGAGCCACUAAUUGAGGAAGAAACAUGAACAAUAGAUUGGGAUGAGAAGCAUCGCGUAUAGCAAGCAGUCAUACCGGAAUACCAUAGAAAGCUCUGGCAUCCAUAUGUGAAAUUCCAUCGUAUUUUAGGAAGUGGCUUCUCAAUUCAUUGGCAUGUAUGAAUGUAUGACCAAAAGGAUUAUUUUAGGAUUUACAUAUCAGAGACAAAUUGAAUUGUUUACGCUUAGAUACAUUUUACAAACGAUCUGCUGCAGCUGACCUGGGGGGGGGGGGCGUUUUAUUGGUUAUAUGAUUCUGAAUGAGUAACCUUUGGAGUCAACGCUACUGAAACUUGUUGAGGACCACUGGUUAACUGGGAAGAAUUGCUGGACUCUGGCCCUGGGCCACGCUAAAACAUCAAAAGUACNUGUGGGGGGGGGGGGGGGGGAGGGAGUUACGAGAGAGUGGGCUAGGUGGGUGGAAACGAAAACCUGAGAUAAAAUUUCCCCGUUUCUCUAGCUUUCUCCUUCUCGCUCUUUCCUCCUGAAUUCAGGUUUUGCCAAUAAGCUGAUUUCAGCAAAAUAGCUUUCCUUGACUCCGUGGAUUAUUGUGGCAGUUGUUAGUUUUGGAAAUCUACACAUGGAUAAGAAUGGAAAAAAAAAAGUCGAUUGGUGUGAAUCAUAAUACAUGAGUGUAGGGGAAUAAAUGUUAUUACGAAAGCUUAAAAUAAAAAUGGGGGUUUAAAGGAUAAGAAAAAAUGGGUCCUUGAUAAGAUAAGAAAUCUGCAAGCUACCUGUAAUUCUUCCGUUUCAAAGAAGUGCUCUCUUGUCUCGUUAACUUCCACCAAUCUCAUCCCAUUCUUUUCCCCCCGUGUCACUGGUAGUUUUAGAUGUGGCAUCGUAUGGUGCUUGGCAAUAAUAACAUGUUCUAUAGAAUUUCUUGUUUUAAUACAGGAUGGUGCUUUCAGGUCCAACGUAUAAGCAAAAUAUUUAGUUUUUCAAGAAUUCGAAAAAAAAAGUACGUAAUUUUCCCCUAAUCUAUUAUUCAAACAUAUGCUUUAAUACAUCUAACUUUUUAAUAUGACCAACAACUAAAAAAUAGUAGUAAUAAAAAUGCCUUCGUUUGUAACCUGUGGGAAAUGAAACACAAUGUUUUCCCACGCUGUUCAAUGCGUUAAACUUUUGACCUGUCGUUAGACUUUCAAAAUUCACUUUGUGAGUACAUUUGAUAGAGUGGUUGAAGGGGGAAUCAUCCGACUCCGAAACUGCUAGACCGAAUAUGGUUAUAAACCCAAACUCCAAGUCGGGUUUGAUAUGAUGUGUGAUAACAGGUCGUGAUCAGAACGACCUCAUAAAAACGGACCCCAUGUCUGUCGUGGUUUGCCUUAAAGGUCUGCUUUAAUUCAAUCCUACAUUCCAUUCACAAACAGUACGCCCUUUUCAUGUCUCUGCGGUAGUCUGCUGGAAAACCAUUGACGUCGCAGUUUGUAAAAAAAACUAGAGAACCCAGCCGAACAGAUCAAAAUGUGUACCUGGGUUAGAUUAAAACCAUCGAGGCUACCUGCCGGCGGGUCGCGUGUUCUCAACUUGAGACACGAGUACCUGUUUUUAAUACUUGAUUUUGGUAAUAUUGGUUGAAAGUCAUGGCUUAAACUCAGAGCUUGGUACCUCGCAGAGUUUCAUCCUCCAACAAACAUGCACGCGUUUUGUUACGGUGCAUCUGCUUUGUCAGCUGUGUUGUGAACAUGUUUAGAAUCACUGCUACACAGUGUACGAGCUUCUAACUAGACAACCAAAAUAUGUGAUGAUUUAAGCGAAACAGUUGAAGGCCCGGUGUUAAACCAAUCGGAGACUGAAGAGAUUAAGUGACUGUGUAUUAACGUACUCAGUCGCUUUUGUGAAUCCUUGCUUCCUUAACCCACCAUUAACAGGGUACUUGGUUCUAAAAACCCUGGCUUCAGUGUUAGGGCCCAGUGCUUGGUUGUAUUGUUGUUAGCGUGGGGUCGACACACUGGGUGUUCUUUUAACGAAUGACUAUAUAUAGUGUCUUAGAAUCGAGUUGCGCUACUGAGUAGGUUUGAAGUAAGUUAUUGCUGAUUUUCUGCUCAAGGGAUAGAAAUAGUGACCAAGUCAAACAUUGAAAGUUCGAGCAGGCCAUUGAUUUCCGUUUAUAAUGAGAAUUUUAUUGGGCAAAUAAGUUUCUAUACUAUACAGAAAUAUGUUCAGAAAUGGAGUUGAGGUGUCUCCUUGAGUUUUGAGAUAAUGUUCACGAAUUAUAACAACAAUAUUUCUUUUUUUAAGGGACAUAAUUAAUGAUUCUUGUUAAUUGUGUCUUUGCUUAACAAAAUACAAACCUGGCAAUAACUCAGUCUGGCAACAUUGUCUUUUCUCGGUAGGGCGUGCAGCUAGUAAAUAUAAUUGGGUCAGUACAAGGACCUUUUUAGCUCAUUACAGCGCCCCCCCCCCCCGCCUAUUUUUUCUCCACGUUGUUAAAAAACCAGUUCAACAAGUUUUUUUAGUCCCAACAUUUUUUUUCUGUUUGCCACCAAAACUAGAUCACUAUUUUACUCAUUAGUUACCAGGGAGUAUUUGCCUUGGGUGUGUGUGUGAGGGGGGGGGUGGGGGCAACUGUUUUACCACAAGCAUUCCAACACCCAGUACCUUGUUUAUGAAAUGGUUGAACCAGAGUAUAACAAACUACACGUUUUAGACCUAAAACCCGUUCAAAUAGAUUAAUGAAAAAGCUCUUUAGAGCAGACAUUUUUUGAUGAUCCUACUUUCAAAUAGCGCAAUCAUGUGUGGUAAACAUGAGUGACUCGUGAAUGGAAAGAUCACUGCUUGGACGGGGAAACAAUGCAGAUACGGUGUAGAGACUUUGAGUCUUUUGUAGAUUUAUCACGAAUUUUUGUUUUCCUUGGUCUUUGUUUUGUCAUACAAAUAAUAAAGGUAACUGAUGAGACACGCACAAAAGAACGAGUGUGGUGAAAAGUAAUGCUGGGGAGGAUUCGAAGACGGGGCAGAUAGGCAAUCAGCGGAGUCUCACAUUUGCAUUUCUGAAUUUGGCAUCUAACAUAUGCAGUCAGUCAUGUGAAUGUGGCAGGCAAACACUUGAUGUUCAUAACAUAAGAAAACUCCAUUUAGGAAUAGUGUUGGAACUGUCCUUCUCUCACCACCUUGGUGUAUAAAUAAUUUCAUUUUGAUAUUGUUCUUGCUUAGCUUUACUAUCUUCUAAAAAAAAAAAACUCCCCACAGUUUCUUUCCGUUAAUUCCAUUCCUUAAGGUGCACUUAGCGUUUCUUUCUGUACUUGUUUUCUUUCAACUCUUGGUAUUCCAUUUGAGCAGUGGAUUAAUCAUUUAUCUGGUUUACUCUCCGUUCCCUUUCACCCAAACCGAUGCAACAAGUGGCCUGCAAUCUUUUGGAGAUCAAUUAAGCGUUUCAAACAUCGAUUACAAUAUACAUAUUCACAUCUCGCAUCAUGGUGCACUCUUCCUUCAAAACACACCUGGAGAUUAGAGUUAAAAAGGGGAAUCUUGAUUUAUUGAUGUCUGGUUUUAUUUAUUAUCUACAGAGAAGGGGUGGAUAGAGGAACGUCAUUAAAACCCAACACGGGGACUGAGACUGUAACAAUGAAAUGUAACAAUAGAAAGGACUGUUCCUCCCAUUCGCACAUUUUUAUGUUAAUGGAAAUCGAAAAUAGGAAACCCUGUCUGGGGGAUUGGGGGGUGGAUCCUGUCGUUGUACUUUUACGGCAUAGGCAUUAGUGGGCGAAACAGAAUGUGAAGGGCUCCCGAGGGGAGUGGGGUGGGUGGGAAACAACAAAAUAAGAACUGGGGGAGAAAAAAAAACGUUUUGGUGAAGGAAGGUCCAGUAACUUAGUUUGCCUAUCCCAUAUGUACGUAUUUAGGCAAGUCAUGGUGUAUCUAUUACUGCAGGGAUCUAUUUAUUUAUGUCCUCUCAUGCCCCAACCCCCUCCCCCACCACACACACACUUUUUCUAUUGAUUAUUCUUCACCCAUGCCUCGGGAUGGGGUUAACAACAAGCUUUAAACAAUCGAUAUUGACGAAAUGUUGGAAUAAUUUAUAUUUACUUUUUAUAUUUAAAAAGGGGCUUCAUGUGUAUAUGAAUAAUAUGAUACAUAUACACAGCGGAGCAAGAGGUUGAAAAGAAUUGAUUUAUUACUUGAAACUAGAUCGUCAUGGAUCAAUGAACAAUGUACACAUUCAAUCUCUUCUUUGCCCUACUAAUGUCCCAACCUGCUUCCAUGGGUUAUUUCGUUGCUUACACCUCGUGUUCACUAUUUGUAAUUAGCCUGUGCCGUGUGCGAGGUAGUAAAUAACGGCACUGCUCAUUGGAUUUCUCAUUAAGCUAUUUCCUUACUCAAUACUGAUACAUAUUACAAAUGAACAGGGUGUGUAGCUGAGUUUGUGGUCGCCAAUACUACUGCAUGAACUAGAUCAGUGGUCGGCAAACUCAUUAGUCAAAAGAGACAAAAAUCAGCAACAGGUCGAUUAAAACAUUUUUGAGAGCCAAACUAUCUUUUUAAAAACCUGUCAAGAACCAUGUUUUUUUGGAGUCAAAGCCGAUUUGUGGCCGAGCCGCACUUAAGCCCCUUAAGAGACGCAUGCGACUCUCGAGCCGCAAUUUGCUAACCAUUGGACUAGAUGGAGUUAAAUGGAAACAAUGUUUAAAUUCAUUGCUUAGAUUACUGUCGCCCUGUUGAAAAAUAGAGCUUUGUUUUCUAUUCGCUACUUAAAGUUGUAAUGAAGAAGACGUUCAAAUAAGACUAGGGGCGAAUCUUUCAGUAUAUGCCUUGAUGGUAGUCCAUUUAUUUUAGAUUAGAGCCUUGCUUUAUUAUCUAAUCCAAUUUUUGUUAAAAGUAGGAAAUACUUGUAUCAUACAAAGGUUAAUUUCUCGUUCCAACAAAAUAAUUAAAAUAGUCUGUGUUCAGCGGCUAGACUAGAAGCUAUGUUCUCCAAUGCGCACACAUCAGUUGUGCUCGUGCGGCAAUCACUUAGAGGUUAAUAAGGAAAAAUUAAGUGGCGCUGAAUUGCCUCCUGUUUUACAGUAAUUCUGACGGUAGUGGGUCAUGGCGAGUUAGACGUUAACAACAGCGGGAAGUUGUCAUCGUAGUUUUAUAGUUUUGUUUGGUACAGCCAAGGCGUAAACCCCGUGACCGCUACCGUAAUUGGUAUCGUGGUACUGACUUAGGGGACGGGAGGGUCUGUGGCGUUACCGUCACGCCCAUAUUUCUUAGUAGAACCUCUCGUGUGGGCGGAGAAAGUUAUGAGUUUUCACGCUUUAUUUCCGGGUUGUAAAGGCAAAGUGUGACAAACAUGCUAAUGACUGGCUGCUUGCACAAGAAAUAUGGCGGUCGCUCUAACCAAAAAUAUUCCGAUGAAUAUAAGCUUGUGUUGAUUACAGGUCAAACAUGUUAAAACUGUGAAAAAGCUUGAAAUUGAUAUAAAGUACCUAUCGAACAGCUUUUAACGGUUUUAAGCCCAGCCUCGUUAUAGAUUAUCGAUGAUAUAAUACUUCACUUUGAAGCAUAGCGCUAUGAGCAGCUCCAAGGUUAAUUAUUUCGACUUUCUUCAUAGCAGUAGCUUGUCAAGAGUUACACUUCAAGCAAAAAUCAAUAAUUACACUUGUCAUACUAUAUGCACCAGGGUCCACACCAAGUGGUUUGGUGAUUAGUAAGGCAGACAGCCGUUGGGUUCGGAAAUAUCUUAUUAUUGGCGAACGCCUGACCUGCACACCUGUUAUUGUUUUAAGCUGGUCAAGUUCAAUUUUAGAGGGAGGCAACUCUUUGGUGAAGCUUGCGAUAUCUGUUGAAAAAUUGGCAGCACGAAGUUAACAGCGAAGUCGUUUGAUUAAAAUAAAAUGUAAAAAUGAUGUGUUGAUGUCGUUUUUGUUUGUUAUGCCAAGUGAUUUAAAUAGUUUCGAAUGUUGCUUGUAAAAUAUAUGCGUUUAGCCGUGCGUUGUAUUAAAAUUAACAUCCAUUAAAAUUAGUAUUCAUUAUUAUUAUUAUUAUUAUUAUUGCUAUUGAUGAGAGGAUUACAUUUUAAAUUAAUCAGUAUGACACUGAAAGGAAAUUAAAAAAAAAAGAAGAUUAAGUACAUAGAAAAAACUUUUACAAUGUAAUAAGUUAAUGACAUUCUAACACGUCAUGAUUUCGAGGCGGUCAAUGCGACAUGUCAUUCUCAGGAUGUGAGAUCAUAAACAACGUCAUUACCCCGAGGGGGCACGGAAGGUAAAGUCAUCGGCGUGCUCCUCAAAAGUAUUGGACUGAUCUUUUCAGUGCUAAAUAUCGACAUCCACAUUUUUCAUUAGUAAUAAAAUAAAGACGCUUCCGUCCAUUACUUGGUGGGAGAACAACAUCUCCAUCUGGUCAGCGACAGGUUUUGAUAGGUUGGGGAGGCGGUGCGGCGAAAAAUUCACAGAAUGCCGAGGGACACGCAACAACGGUCAUGCAGCGACACAAUGGUGAAGAAUGAACAGCAACAUGUUGUUAAACAUGUCAACAGUGGUUGCACUCGACCCCAUUAGAAGACACGGGGUAAGUAAACCCCCCAGGCAAUAUUUAGGGUGAACUUAAAUGCAUAUUGUAGGCCUACAACUGACUGAAUGACCCGCUCCUGAUACAGGCUCAUUAACUUCGUUACUGCCAAUUGGACCCACCAGCAUUCGCUAUUGACAAUACUGGAUGCUUUAAGUGUCCAGUAUUUGACGUUGUUCAGACCUGUAAACUGAAAAUUUCAGUCUUGAUGCCACGCCUUUUUAUAUCUCUCACCCGUUCAAGCCCAAAGCCUGCAGGGCUAGGCUACUGUUUAAAACAUUGAACCUACCUGUGCGUGACCUAUAUUCGGGCUGAGCUGAUAGAAAAAAAACAACACACACACACAGGUGUACGUGUCUGUUAGGAUGAAAUGCUGCAAUGCAACACACCGCCGCACGCGCUUAGAGUCACAUGACAUUGCUACACAUUUACAUACUCACACAUAACCAGGCCUUUCAUUAUUUACAGCCUUUCGGGUACUCCCUCUGAGGCAGGGAUUCUUUACCUGCCAGCUAUGUGGCUACACCAAAAAAGCGGUGGGUGGGGAAACGGGGAAAAAGGGGGGGGGUAGCGUUGAUUCCUGCUCAAAAAUAAUAUCCAUAAUAAUCCUUGCCACUUGUUGAAGAAGAUAUUAGCUUUGUUAUGUGGGUCUUUGGUCUUUAGGGUUUAGACCUGUCAAAGUUGUGUUCAUGUUUUGAAUCUGAUCUUAGCAAUCCACCUGUACUUUAGUCAGUUAUGGGUACAAUAUAAAAAGAAAACCACUAACUGUGACUAAUGGUGUUGGCUUAAUGAUGUGAUCUUGAUUAGGCCCCCCUUAAGUGGGCUUAAAGAGCUUCUAGGCGGAAACAGUUGUUUUUUUUAUGUUGUAGGAAUUUCUUUUAAGACGCUUCCUACUUUACCUCCAAGAGGUUCACUCCAUAAUGUUUCAAGAUUUCAUAUACAUCCAUGUCUACAGCCCUCUUCUAAAUUUACUCAAGUUUCUUUUAAGAGGGUGCUCAGAUACAUUUUACCCACCUUUUCAAAUGUAUGCGUUGUUAUCUGGCGUUCUCACCUUCUGACAAAUAAUUAACAGAAUAUUUUGGCACUAGUAAGAAUGCUGAAUCAGCAUACCCCUCCACACACACACACACACACACACACUCACACACACUCUAUCUCUCGUGUGCUCUCUCUCCCCCUCCCCCUCCCCAAACCUAGAAUGUAAAACUAGUUUUAUGGUAUCCAUUUGUGAAAGGUUUCAAAAUGGCAUCUAAUUGUGGUCUAAAAGUAAUCACAACUUAAUCACUGGAAAGCUAGAGUAAAAGUGUUUUUUUUUUACAUACAAAUUCAACACUUUUACCCAUGUGUUUAACAUACAAUUUCAACAUACCCACAUGUUUAACAUACAAUUUCAGGUAGAGAUUUCUGAUAGAUAUAUACUUGAGUCAAACUUGAAGUUAAGCUAUGAGAUAACACCACAGAGUAUUAGCUCAUUCUUCUGUAACACAACAAAAUUUAUUAUUUUCCUAUCACCCAGAAACCUUGUAGCUUCGAGUUAUCAAAGUUAUUCUUUUCCGUUCUGGUGUCCUUAUUUCCAACAGUAAAAGAUUAUCAAAAGGGUUAAUUCAGCCCAUAAACUGGCAUAGAAGAAUAUUGUCCUAAGAAUCUAAUAUGGUACUAACAACUUUUAUUCAGUCACAUUUUUAUGUUUUGUAAUUUGAACAUGAAGGCCCUACAAUUUUAGCUUUAACUUGUAUGUGUUAUUCAACUAACUUUGGUGAACUUCACAGUCAUAAGUGCUCUUGAUACAUAACAUUUUUUAUCUUUUCUUACUCUCUAUGUUUAUCAUUGUCUGUAUACAAAUAUUUCUAUUCCUAUUUCUUAAGUAAUUAAGCUUUUCAUUAAGAAAUCAUAAAGAUGUCAGUGAUAUCAAGUACAAAUUUUUAUUCUAAAUUUUUUAGUUCUUAUUUUUUAAAAUGGUUUUUAUUUUACAAAAAAAACAAACAAAAAAACAAAACCCACAAACCUCAAUAAUCAAAAAAUUAUUCUUUUUUGUAAUUGGAUAUAUUCUUCUAUUCCUUUAAUAGCUGAUUAGGCCAGAGGAGAUGACCAACCCCAAGGUUGAUGACCUCAGUAUGAUGACUUAUCUGUCCCAGUUCCCUAAUGCCAAACUUAAGCCCGGAGCCCCUGUCAGACCUCGUCUGAACCCAGCACGUGUCCGUGCUUAUGGCCCUGGUAUUGAGCCCACCGGCAACCAGGUUGGGGCCCCAGCUCGCUUCACUGUGGAGACCUUCAGUGCUGGCAAGGGAUCAGUGGAGAUCAUUGUGCUCAACCCCAAAGGCGCUAAAGAGAAUGUAUGUUAAAACAUUUUUUAAAAAUCUUAAAACUCAUUUCUUCAAAUUAAUAAAUGAAAUAAAAAAUUCCAAAAAAUAAUGGUAAUUGUUAAUUAAUAUUUUUUUUUUAGAAAUGAUUGCAAAGACUAGAUACCAUAACUUACAAUAGAAAUUUAAAAUGAACAUUAUGUUAAAUUUGCAAUGUAUAGGGUAAGAUUAAAAAUUAUUUAAAGCUUAGUAGUGAAUUACACUAUAUCAGUAAGUAAAAAUAGUUACAUGGCAGAUAUUUAUCAUGAGGAGUACAUUUUAAAUUUAUUUUAUUUCUUUCAGGUUGAAGUAGUGUUCAACAAUGAUAAGAACAUGACAUACUCCUGUGCCUAUGUGCCUACAAUGGAAGGCGCAUACAGGGUAAGUAUUAACAUUACCAUUCUCAUUAUUUACACUAUACUUUCCUUUUUUUCAUUGUCAUAUCAUUUUUCAAUGUUUAAAGUGUAUUCAAAAGAUUCAAAGAUUUGUAUCAGUUUUUCAUGUCUGACAUGUUUUGUUCUACAUUGCUCAGAUCAUUUCUGUUUGAUUCACGUGGAAUGCCUCCUCCUGUACCCUGUUACGCAACAUUUCAUUUAUAUGUUCAGGUGAUCAUCAAGUUCAGUAACAAGGAGAUCCCCAAGUCACCCUACACUGUCCAAGUGGAGGGAGCUGCCGGUGACCCAAGCAAGGUCACUGCUGCUGGACCUGGUAUUGAGAAAACUGGAAAUAUUGCUGGCAAAAAGACCUACUUUGAAGUCUACACACAAUGUAGGUGUUAUGAUUUAAAAGUAAUCUGUUGGUAAAUAUAAGCUAAAUAUUUGAUUUCUUGUCUCUGACGAGUGGCUCUGAAUCAUGAGUAAAGCUUGGAAGCUGGUGUUCUUACUAAAGUCUUUAUAUAAAAAAAAAAUUAAAUAAAAAUUGUUAAAAGUAAAUGAAAACUUUUUUCUUAAAAAGGGUAUUUUAGUAUUUUCUUACCCAACCAACUUGCUGUUGUUCAUAAAUAUUUAUUAAACAUCAAAGGCAAACAGUUGUGAAUUAAAUAUUCAGCUGUUUUAUUUUUUUUUGUGUUAUUUAAUCUUGCAUUGUUACGCAUUUCUACCAUGAUUAUUUGAUAUUAAUAAUUUGUAGUGUAAUUUUAUACAAGGACAUUUUUUUCCCUAACGUACACUUCUGCAAAGGUUACAUAAUAUUGAUGUAACUAAAACAAAAUAUUUCAAAGAUACUUUAAAAGUUGAUUUUUUUUUUUUCUUGUAUUUUUUCCCUCCUUUUUAAAAAUUUUAUUUCAUUUUAAAUUAAAAGCUUAAACCACGCCAUAUCUUAGGUACAGUUGCUGCUUAAUUCAUAACUUAUGUGAUGCUAUCCACAGCAUGAGCGAUUUCUAGUAAUGUAUUUUAAGUAUAAGACAAUUUAAACCUAAUAUUUUUGUAACAUAAAAAAUAAUGUUUUUUAAAUAAAUAUUGAUUAUAAGACCACUCAAACUCUCUUUUCAUUUAGCUGCUGGCAAAGGAACAAUUGAUGUUGCCAUUCUGGAUCCUCAUGGUCACAAAGAUAAAGUGCGUCCAGCCAUCAGCCCUGUUGUGGGCAAAGAAGGCACCUACUUGGUUGAGUACACUGCCAUGGAGCCUGGCCUCCACUCUGUCAAUGUAUUCUUUUCAGGACAACAGAUAACCGGAAGUCCAUUUGGCGUCAAUGUUGCCCCAGGUAGGUUAUUAAACAAGUCUUUUAAUAGUUCAAAUCAGAGAUCAUAUAUGUGAUUAGGAGUGCUAUUCUGAAGGAGCAUUUUUGCAACACUACCAAGAAACAUCCUGAUUUCUCAGUAACAUCUUUAAAUGGUGGGAUUUUUUUUUUUAAAUUUGACACAUAAUUGAUAUUUUUUAGAGAUAAUACGACAAAUUUAAAGCCUUCAAAUAAGUUUAAAAGCACCAAAAGAAAAAUAUUAUACAUCAUUAACACAACUUUUUUUGCAAUAAUCAAAAAAAUAGAAGAGCCAUAACUUGUCCUGAGGACAAGUAUAUUUAUUAUAACUAUGUUACCGAUGUCUCUGUUGGACUUAAGUUUGAGAAAUGCUACUUCAGAAUUUAGUUUAGUUACUACUUCACUGGUUUUAUAUAGAAAAGCACCUAUGUUAAAUUUUGAUCAAAUGAGCAAAAGGGUCUUCAUUCUAAAUUUUAUCUAUUUCUGGAUAAGCCAUCCAUGUUUGCAAUGGAUAAAUGAUUAUAUUUUAUUAUAGCACAAAAAUUCAGUGUAACUCAAUGAAUGUAAGUAUCGCUAGACCUUUUUAAAGUGAAGAUUAUUUUAAAACAUGAAAGCAAUUAAAUCUAUGAAUAAUGGCAGUAAAAAAAUAAAAAAAAAUUGAAUAACUGCAUGAAGCAUUCAGUAAAUAUAGGUAUGUCUCUACACUUCGGGUGCAAGGCAUUUGAUACAUAGGGCCUUUCUGCUUGUAAAAAAAAUCAUUUAGUUUGCACUUUUUUGUUUUGUAUUAGUUAAUUAAAGUCCUAUAUAAUUAGAAAACUGAUUAUAUAAAUAGGUAAAAUACAUUUUUAUAAUUACCAACACUUUCCACUGUAGAAAUAAUAAACAUGCACCAAUGCAAAAAAGAUCAAGAUGUGUACAAAGGGGGAUAAAUAAAUAAAUAAAAUAUAUAUAAACAGCUUAAUCCCAUUUUUGGCCUUUCUAUACAAUUAAAAAAUUCAAUACCAAAUAAUAAAUAAUACCUUUAGUUUUAUGUUAUAUUCACAUGUUUCAAUUUUUCAACAAUACAUAAAUGAAUACAUAGAAGAGGUUCAGCACCAAUAAACGUAAUAACAUUUUAUAACGAUAAGUGGGGAGAGAUUGCAAUCGGGUCUAUGUAGAAGGAAAUAUUUUGUAACAAGGAAUGGGAAAAUCUGAAAAAAGGAAGCAGCAAAAGAACGAACAAAGACUAAUACAACUAUAAAAAUGAAAAUAAGAGGAAAGAACUGUAUUAAAAUUUUGAUACAUUUCAGCUGGAGUUUAAUUUUAAUAUUUGCGUUAGUCUUUGUGUGUUCAUUGAAGAAGUCUUUUUUUCAACAUUUUUGUUGUGUCCUUUUUUUCACUUUUUUUCCAUACCUUGUUUCUCAAAUUUCCUUAAAUUUUAUUAGUUGUAUUUUCCAAAUCAUUAACAUGCAAGUUUUUUCUAAGCUGAAUGAAUUUGAUUGAAUAUUUUUUGUUUGUUUGUAACUUCAUCCUUGUAAUUGGUAUUUGUAGAUACCAUACUGUGUUCACAUACAUUUUGGAUCACCAGUUUUACUAUGCACUGCUGCACUAAAUAUUAUUUAGUAAGCUACAGUGCUGGCUCAUGCAUGUAAAUUAUCAUAACUUUCAAAGCAGAGAUUGCCUUUUGACAUAUAUAUAUCCAUUUGAAAAAAAUUUUUUUACUGAGCAGCAGGACCCCUCAAAAAAAACUUUGAAUAAUUGUAUCUGAGAUUAUCAUUUUUAUUUAAAUCUUUCAAAAUGAAGUUUUCAUUUGUGCAUGUUUAGACUUUUAUUUAUUUUUAAUUUCUUAAACCUACUAUAUCAUUGCUCGUGAAUAGAUGAUUUCAUCAUUUAUUUUAUUUUUACCACCUUUUUAUGUUCACCAGCCAAGAGUAAGUAGAGUUUGUAGACUUAACUCAAGUGCACUUUGACUGACCAGUCCUUCAGCCAUUUUAAUUGCUUGGAUGAUGAAUAACAUUUCAUAACUUGUUUCUUAAUCUGACAUUUAGAAUGAUGCAAUGAGCAUGUUUAAAAUUCAAUGCAUUUAUUAUUUUAAAAUUAAAUUUCAGUUUGAUUUAAAUCAAUGAGAUCUUUCUUGAUGCAUGUGUUCAUUUAUGAUGUCAUACAAUCCUGACAUAGACCAUUUCAUCUCAUGUUUUGUAUAUUCAGAGUAGAAUAGUUACCUUAAAGUCCUCUCUGUCUCUACUUGUGUUCCUUCUUUCCAAAGGCUACAACAGACACAAGGUCUACAUAUUAUUUUUACAUUUUUUGGUUUAAUUUUGUUAAACAAAUUGUUUAAUUUUUAAAAUUUUUAAAUUUUGUUUCAGAUAUCGGUAUGUUGCAAUAUUUUCAGUUUGCCAUGAACACAUAAUUCAUUUCUUAUGAUAAGCACAUAAGCACAUUAUUUUUUACUUCUUUUCUGUCAUCAAAAUAUUUUCUUUGAAAGCUUUUCUUUACAAAAUAUAUUUUAAAAUAAAAUGUAUACAUCAAAAAAAAAAAAAAGCACCAAUAUAAGUUGAAUGUAUUAUCUAUAUUUUACCAUAAGCAUAAUCAAACACUAUUCUUGUUUUCCAAUGUUUAAUAGAUUAUUGUCCUUGUUUUCCAAGGCCUAAUUUCACUUUUUAUUCCUCAUUUUCCAUGUCAUCUUGCUUUCCCCCACAUUAAAAAGAGUGCAUGGAAAUAGAUUGCUGUAUUUUGAGAGGAAUGCUAUAUUUUCCCCAGUUUUUACAACGGAAAUAAAAUUCUCAUGCAUUCUGAUGCAAUAAACAUCCAACCCUAUUUCAACAAUUCAAUAACCAAAGUAUAAAAAGUAUUGUCAAUUUCAUAAUUGUGAUUACUCCCACCUCCAACUUUCUUUUCACGUGAUGAAUGGUAUGACCUUCUUUCCAUAGAAGUUCUUCCUUCUAAAAAUUGAAGUUUUUUUAUAACCACUGGCUAACAUAUUUUGCCUUCUUUUUAACACUUAACCUCUUUAUUAUGUGUUAAAAUUAUUAAACAUUUAUACAAUUAAAUGACAUAUAAAAAAUAUGUUACAGGUUCAUAUGUUUGAUUCAUAUUUCUAGGUAUAUUUUUAUCUGAAGAGCAUUAAAACUUUAAAAACAUUGUUUACAAUUCACGUUCAAAUAAAAUUUUAUCGUUUAAUUUUUGAUGUUAAGAUUUUUUAAAUUAAAAAUUAUCUCAUUCAUUUAUGUAACAUAAAAAAAUCAGCCCCAAUUAGAUUACAUUGAACAAAUUUAUUUGUAAAUAACAAGUGAUAUGACUGUGAUAUUUGACUUUCGAGUUAAUGGCUCUUGUAUAUAUUCCCUCCCUUCAAUGAUCUCAUUUAAUGAUCAACUAACAUAUAGCCCCUUUUAAAAAAUAUAUUGAAUAGAAUGAAGGGAAAAAAAAAUCUUCUGAACAAUUAAAUAAAAAAGUAAAUAUAUUUCUCCAAAUGAAAAGAAUAAAACAACCUGUUCUGCAAUAUAUAUCUUAUUUUCUGGUGUCUAAGAACAGAAUCACAUAGUGUGCCCAUGCGCAUAUUUGUAGGUUUAUAGGAAUGAUUUCUCUAUCCAUCAGUAUUAAUAUAUAACUAUAUUGUUCAACAAGCCAUCAGACAUGAUCAUAGCAUGUUUGGGUGUGAAUAGUAGCUUAGUGAUUAUAUUAAACUAUAUAUCAUAUUCAUUUUGCUUUAGAUAUCAUAUUUAAAUUUAACACACUAUUUGAUUUCGCUCUUUUACUUUGUUUACUUAAUAUGAAUAAUCUCACAAUUUCUAUCAUUAAUUGGAAGCCCAAGUUUAAUAGCUGUUUUAUAUUCUCUCCUCAGCAUCCAAUGCCAAAGCCUGCUAUGCUACAGGCCGUGGUAUCCAGCCAAGAGGCAUCAGGGUCAAGGAUCAAGCUGUGUUCUAUGUCCAUACCAAAGGUGCUGGUGAUGGAGAGGUAGCCGUGCAAAUUUUUGGACCAGGUAAGUUAGAAAUGUUUGAUCCUGGUUUAAAGAUAUUUGUGGUUGGAAAUUAAUUUGAAGAAUAUUUAUUACUUUAGUUUAAUUAAAUGAACCCACCUAUUAUUAUUAUUAGUUUUAUAUAUCAAAAUGAUUUUUAACUUUUAAAUACACUUCAUUUUGUCUUUAUUUUAAAAAAAAGUGUUGUUCAUUUGGAUUUCAGUAACCAUAUUCAGCUUUAUGUGAUAAUUAAAAAUAUAUAUCUCUCAAGUAACAUGAGUUUAUGUUCUAAAUGCUUGAAACACAUAAUAGAGUUAAAAUGUAAGAAAUGAAUGCAUCUGUUUGCCAUUAAUCUUUUACCGCUUCAGUAUCUGAGAAAAUUGUAAAUGCUUGAGAAAUGGCUGAUCAAAGCAUUUACAAAUAUAUCAAACAUCUUAGCUCUGGGAUUUAAAAAAAGUAUGGUUUACUUUGCAGGAGGUGUUGAGGAGAAAUGCCAGAUUAAGAAAGUACCUGGAGAUGAAGGCGUGUAUGAAUGUGUGUACUUGCCAUCCAAGCCUGGCAACUACAUCAUCAAUGUCACGUUUGGUGACCAACAUAUUAGCAAGUCCCCCUUUAAGGUCAGCCUUAAACAAAUUCUUUCAGAUUUUGAUUGUUGUUAGCAAGCAUAAAUUAAUUUCUUCAGGCAUCUUGAUCUUUUGUACUGGUAUUAGAUAGCUAAAAACGUUAAAUGGGAAAGUGAUGUACAAUCUAACACUGCAUGGUUACAAAUUAUGCAGCUAUGAAGAGCUUAAAAGAUUUACGACAUUCUCAAAAGCUGUUUUUUUUUUUUUAAUGAUUUUUUAUUGUAUUAGUCAUUUUUUUUUAUUAUUUAUAGUCUUGGGUUGGGGGAUAAAGUCAUGAAUUAUAGCCACAUGAAUAAUUUCAUGAAAAGGUUUGCUGCUUUGCAAACAGUAAAUUGGAGAUUAAAACAGCAAAGAAAGGUUCUUGCUAACUGGUUUUCACCAUUAUGACAGGUUGAAGUAGGACCCUUCUGGAACACCAAGAUCAGAGCCUAUGGACCAGGUCUUGAAGGAGGAGUUGUCAACCAGCCAGCAGUCUUCACUGUGGAAACUAAUGGAGAAGCUGGUGCUCUUGGUAUGUAGAAGUGAAAACAUUUUUUAGGACUAUACAUUUAUGAAAAAAAUUUAUCUGAUAAAUAAAAAAAAUAAAAAAAUAAGAGUUUAGAUUUAGUUGGGGUAGGAGGUGAGCCAAUACAUUAUAUUUUUAUGGAAAGACUGGAAGCAUUAACACAUUGUUUAAUUAUUCAGUUGGAGUUUAUUUUUAAAAAUUGUUUUAUGCCUUAUUUUACAUAGAUUAAAUGUAGCAUUUCUUUAAGCUAUUUCCUAGUUCUGAAUUUCAAAGCAGUGAUAAUAACAUUUAUCAUUCAACUAAUUUACUUCCAACAUACAGGAUUCUCCAUUGAAGGCCCAUCCCAGGCCAAGAUUGACUGCAAGGACAAUGGUGAUGGUUCAGCUGAUGUGACCUACUGGCCAACCCAGGCGGGAGAGUAUGCUGUCCACAUUUUGUGUAACGACCAGGACAUCCCCAACUCUCCCUACAUGGCCAACAUUAUCCCAGCCCAGGCAUUCAAUGCUGGCAAGGUUGGUUACUAAUUAAACACAACUAAUAGCACUAAUAGCACUUAUGCUGUCAUUGAUGUUAACAAAAAUCUGUUUUCAACUGUCAUUUUUUUUCUUUUUCAAAAAGCUGUUUAAUUUAUUAUAUCAAUAUUUUCUCAAAAUUUAGUUCAGCUUUCAGUGAUUCUUCUGUUGAAUAAAACUAGUUUAUUCUGAGAAUGCUAAAUAUGAUGGUUUAAUACAACCAUUAAAUGAUUUGUAUUUUUAUGACUUAUAAUAUUGAACAUUUUUUUUCCAAAAUAAAAGUUUAGUCUUAAUAUGCUAUUUCUUUAAUUGAAAUUCUAAUGAAAUCAAUUAAUUAACAAAUAAUAAUCCAUUUUCAUAAAGCUUAUCUUAAAAGUUGAAUUUAAUGGUUUGAUUUUGAAAGAGUUGCUUUUAAAUCUGUUCAUUGUUUAUUUCCAGGUCAUUGCCAAGGGCCCAGGUCUCGAGAAGACAGGUGUCCAAGCCAAUAAAUUGGCAGAGUUCACUGUUGAUACUCGUGCUGCAGGAAAAGCCCCCCUUCUCAUCAGCUGCAUGGAUGUUGACUACAAACCUGUUGAAGUGCAGGUAUGAGCUAAAAAUGGAAUUCUCAUAGUUCAUAAUAAAAUAUACCUUGAAGGUUCUGAGGAUACCCAGUGAGCAAAGGAUGAGCUGGUAUAGAAAUUAGACCCUCAGUAUCUCAUAUAAAAGUGUCAGUUAUUAAAUUUAAUAAUUAGUUGAAAAUUAUGGGAUCCUUCUUUUCCUCUUAGUAUCAUAUUUUAUGAUUUUUUUUUUUUACCUGCUUAGACACUUUUACCAAUAACGAAAAACAUUACAAAUUUGAUGUUCUAUUUCUCAGGUUAAAGACAAUGGCAAUGGCACGUACACCUGCCGCUACCAGCCAACCAGAAAUGUCAAGCACACAGUUACCAUUACAUUUGGUGGAGUCAUGAUCCCCAAUGCACCUUUCAGGGUAAGAAUUUAAUUUCCUCUUGCCAAAUCUCUUUACUUUAUAUAUUACUAGCGAGCACCCGGAAUGCUUUGCAAUGCCACUCAAAGAAAUAAUGUGUUUGUGUUUUAAUUUUGUUUUGAAGUCCUUUUUAUAUAUCCAAUAUUUUUUUUUGUUUUUACCGUCUGGUGCGUACUCGAAUAAAUUAGAAGGUUUUUUGAAGCGUGAGCAGGCCACACACAGCUGUCCAUGUGAGAAUCAUGGAUUUUCAAAAUUUAGUCCACACACUUGUAGCGAUUGAUCCAACCAUGCAGUAGUAUAGUUUUAUAUUAUAUUUAUAUAGUUUAUUUAGUACAUAUAAACAAAUUUAGGGCCCCGGCCCCAAACGGAAUAUUGUAAAAUGGUUGUACUUAUUCAGAAACCUUUUGCGGGCGUGCACACAACUCACCAAAGUUUAUCGCAUCCAGAUGAAUGGUAUAGAAAAGCAUACGGAAAUCAUAUUUAAAUAGCUCACAUCAUAAAAAAACUAAUUUAAGGCGCCCGGUCCAAAACUGACUAAUGCAAAAUGGUUGUACAAAUUCAGAAACCUACUAAAUUAUGUCAUACACAAACGGAAAUAUCACUGUUUGUAUUUGAUUAAAUUCAUGCAUUAGCUCUGUUCAAAAUUAUUAUUUUUUAUAGCUCAUAUAAUAAAAAAAAAAUUUAGGGCCCCCGACCCCAAACAGAGUAUUGUAAAAUGGUUAAACUAAUUCAGAAACCGACUUAUUAUGUCACAAACAAAUUGAAAGGUCGCUAUUUGUAUUUGAUUAAAAAUUCCAUCCACCAAUGCAUUAGCUCUUUUUGAAAUUAUAUUUAUAUAGCUCAUACAAGAAAAAACUAAUGUUUUAAAUUGGUUGUACUAAUGUAGAAACCUUUGCAGGCGGGCUCAUAUCAAUUCACCAAAGUUUUUAUCGCCAGUGGAUGAAUGGUAUAGGAAUGCAUACGAAAAUUAUUUUCACAUAGCUCGUAUUUUAAAAAAAAUGAAUUUAGGGCCAACGGCCCAAAACAAAAUAUUUUAAAAGGAUUGUAAUGACACAGAAAAAUGUGCAGGCUUGUGGGCAACAACUCACCAAAGAUUUAUCGCAAUCCCAUGAAUGGUAUAGGAGUGCAUACGGCUUGAAAUUAUAAUUUUAUAGCUCAUAUUAGAUAAAAACGAACAUAGGGCUCUUGGCUCAAAACCGAAUAUUUUUAAAUGGUUGUAAUAAUUCAAAAACCUUUGUGGCUGUGCGCUCAACAUCUCACCAAAGCUUUAUUGUAUUCAAAUAAAUGGUUUAGAAGCACAUAUGGAAAUUAUUUUUUUUUACAAAGUUCAUAUAAGAAAAAAAAACGAAAUCAGGGCCAACAACCCAAAAUGGAAUAUUUUAAAAAAGGGUUGUAAUGACUCAGAAAAAUGCGCGGGCUUGUGGACAACAUCUCACCAAAGUUUUAUCGCAAUCGUAUGAAUAGUGUAGGAGUGCAUACUCACAUCCAGACAUUUAUUUAUAUAUAUAUAUAUAGAUUAUUAGUAAAAAAAAUUUUUUUAAUGAACUUUUAACAUUUUAAAUGUAUUUUUUUAAAAUAUAAAUCAUUAGUAAGUGUAAAUUAGUGAGAUUAUAAUAAACUUAGAAAAACUAAUCUAUAUUUGUUUUGAAUUUUUUUUUAGGUCUAUGUGUCUGAACCAAGCAACCCAGCCAAAGUUAAAGUUCAUGGACCAGGAGUUGAGAAAGGUGUUAAGACCUUCAGUCCAACUUACUUUAUUGUGGACUGCAAAGAAGCUGGACCAGGUAAAACAUGUUAACAUGAAAUACAGCAAUGUAGAUUACUAAAUUAUGCCUGAAAUUUGAAAGAAUGCAGUCUGUUGUUUUAAAAGUAUAUAAUUAACAAAUUUUAUAUCAAGGUCAUAAUAACAUAUGAUAAUUAACUAUCUUUCAGAAUCUAGGUUAUUUUCAUGUUACUAAAAUAAAAUUGUUUAUAUAAUACAUUUGUUUGCUGCAGUUAUCUAAGAGCAAUAAUUGUAUUCAAACUACCACAAAGAUCAGAAACUUACUUAGUGUGUUAAACUGAUGUUUUUUUUUAUUGUAAAAAAAAAAAAUCCAUAAAUAAUUAAGCACCUGAUUUAUGGAGACCUAUAUAAUGGGGAUAAAUUGGAGAUGCAAUACUAAAUCUCUACUAUUUACAAUAGGUGAUGUUGCUGUUGGUCUUACUGAUGAACGAGGCGUUGAUGUGCCGGUCAAGACCAUUGACAACCAAGAUGGUACAUUCACUGUGGAGUAUGAGCCCAAGAGCCCUGGCACUUACACAGUCCUGGUGUACUUUGCCGGCAAAGAAGUGCCACAGAGCCCCAUCAAGGUCAAAGUUGAGCCCAACAUUGAUGUCAGCAAAAUCAAGGUUGUUGGUUUGGAGCCAAGUAAGUUUUUACUGAACUGAAUGCAUCAAAGCAGUUUUAAAAUAAUUUUAUGUGUGUUGUCACAGUGAAAAAUUGGUAAUAAAUUAUUUCUGCCUUUUGUCAUGAGAAUUCCUCAUAUUUUUAGGUCCUUUUCAACCUUGAAAUCUUCAGUGAACAUUUUAGCCAGCAAAACUUCAUUUUUGCUCUUAGUUAUUGUGUCCUUGGAUCACAAUUUCUUACUACAAUUUUUAACCCAUUUCGGUCAGCACACUCAACAUCUAAAAUGUGACAUAUCAUUUUAAAAAUUGAAAAGGUCAUUUAAAUUUAAAUCUUAACACUAACCCCAUCAAAUCUUUCAAAUCUGUGAAGACAAGGAAGCCCAUCAAAUCUUUCAUAUCUGUGAACAUUGAAGAGUCACUUCCCACUUUAACAAGCAGUUAUCAUGAGCAUGCCUUCAAUUUAAAUGCCAUGAAAAUUUAUAGUCAUCUGUAUUAAAGCAAGUCCAAUUUUUUAGCCAUGCCUAUCGGUGUGCCAAAAGAAAUUGGCAUUAUUUCAAGAGGAUUGCCGAAGGCGGAGACAAAGGUAAAAAUUGUUUCACCUACCAACCAAGUCCUUGAGGUGCCAACCACUGUCACAGGAGAUGGAGCCAAGGCCACAUUCGCCUUAUUGGAGCCUGGCCCUCACCAAGUACAGGUCACUUAUGGAGGAGCACCUGUCCCAGAUUCACCUUUCCGUGUAGAUGCUAUUCAAGGUCCACCAAAAGUUAAAGCCUAUGGUCCAGGGUUGACUGCUGGUCAAGCCGCACAACCUGCUGUUUUCACAAUUGAUACAAGAGAGGAGAAAUCACCUGGUGGACUCGGCCUGUCGGUGGAGGGACCUGCAGAGUCACCUAUUCAAUGUAAAGACAACAAGGAUGGAACCUGUGAAGUUACCUAUGUCCCACCUGUGCCUGGAUCCUACAAUGUCAACAUCUCAUAUGGGGAUCGACCAAUCCCAGGCUCCCCAUUCAAGGCAAACAUUGCACCAGCCAAGCCUACUUUGGAUGUCAGUGGCAUCAGAGCUUAUGGACCUGGCCUUAACCCUGCGGGUAAACAUACCAGGGCAUGAUGACAGAUGUUAGCAUCUUGAACACCCCCCCCCCAAAAAAAAAAAUGACGACGUUGAAAUGAUUCAUGUCUAACACAUUCCUGCACUUAUAUAAAAAUAAAAUUUAACACACUUUUCACUAGCUUGUUAAAGUCUGCCUGUAAUUAUUGUCCAAAAUAACUAAUUAAUAUUUCUAAUUCAAACCUAGCUCAUAAUAAUAACCCCUGCUUUAAAUGUACAUUACAAAUAGCAAACAUUUUUUUUCCAAGAUGUGUUAAGUUUUUAUAUGUUGCUGAAUAAAUUACAGAUAAAUUUACUGACCUAAAGUCUCCUGGGAAUGCCAUUAUUUUUAUAUAAUUUGACUAUAUUGCAUGGCUUUAAGUCUUAGGUAACAUUUACUUUAUGUAUGGUCCCAAUGUUGUUGUCAACCUGUCCUUAGAGAAGUUAUAAUUAAUUCCAAAAAUUAAGCAAUUCAUAAAAAGAGUGGAAAUUGCAAAUCUAAAAAUAAAUCAAAUUUUAGAAGAGUCCAUAUCAAUUAAUUGUAAUAUCUUAUUUUUGCUCCCAUUUUAGCCAACAGCAUAGUUUUUAUAUACAUUUUUGUGUCUUUUUGUGUGUGUUAAAUUAAGCAUGACAUUGUAUUAUUUGUUUACAUUGUUGUAUUUUUGCCAUCUGCAUCUUUUCACAGCUUUUUUGUUCCACUAUUGUAUUCUUGUUUUCUGAUACACAUGUUUUAAAAAAAAAAAAUUCAGAAAUUGUAUACACUUUCUGUUAGGCGAUUAAAGUAUUCUAGCUGAAAAGCUUUUUCAAGAUACACAUAUUAAUCGAUUUAUAAAAAAAGAAAUGAUUAUGUUCAAUAUAUUUUUAAAGUUAUCCAAGACUACUCAAUUACAUUUUUAUACGUUUGAUAGAUUUAAAGAUAGUUUUCUCAAUUAAAUCCAAUCUGUCUUACAACAGGAGUGUAUCUGGACUGUCCCAAUGAAUUCACUGUAGAUGCCAGAUCUGUUUCCCCCACUGCCCAAGGCAAGGUCAGGGCUAUCAUUACUAGCCCAAGUGGCAAGAAGUAUGAGACCUUGGUGAAGAACAAUGGAGAUGGAACAUACAAUGUCCUCUACACACCUGUCGAGCAAGGUAAAAAUCAUAGUUAUAUUAAAAUUAUUUUUUAUUGUUGUUAAUUGUUGUUGUUUUUUUUUUUAAAGUUAAAUUUGGUAAAAUCACAAAUGAUAUUAAAAAUACUAUUUAACAAAAAUAAAAAAUAAAUAUUUACUGUAGUUGAUGUCAAAAAAAAAAAAAAAAAUAAAGUUCAGGCUUUAUGGACUGAGGAUAUUUACAUAAUUACUUCAGUUGUAAAAUUUGUAUUCAAUAACCAAAACAGUAAAAAAAAAUAUAUUUCUUGGUUAACAUUAACUUAUUUUUCACUCAUUCAGGACCACAAAAGAUUGAUGUGACAUAUGAAGAUCUUCCAAUCCCUGAAGCCCCAUUGACAGUCACUGCUGUGCCUGGCUUUGAUGCUAGCAAAGUUAAGGCUUAUGGACCAGGUAUAACUUUAUAACAAAAAAAAGCAUUGAAAUACAAAUGUUUUAGCUAGGAUCAGAGCCAGGUCUAGAUAUCAGGAGAGCAAGCAGCUGUACAUUUGUAUAGCUGGAUUUCUAUUUAAACAAAAUAAGGAAACGGUUUAAAUGUCGGGAUUGAUUUUAAUUAUAUAUGUUAAGUUUAAAAUAUUUUAUUUUAUUUUUUUUCCAAAGGGAAGGAAAUAACUUCUUUUUAGUAAGACAAAAAAUUGCUAUUAUGGUGGCUAGAUUUUGUGUCUGUUAAUGACUUUGAUUUUGAAAGAAUUAGCCAGGCACUAUUCCAGAAUAUAAAUUAUUUUUUUCAAUUCCAGAAUAUAAAUUAUUUUUUUCAAUUCCAGAAUAUAAAUUAUUUUUUUCAAUCCGUUGUUGAAAUCAAAUUAAAAAUGCUUGUUGGGAAUAAUCUCCAGGUCUUGAAGGGGGCCUCACUGAACAGCCCGCAGUGUUCACAGUUGACAUGAAAGGAGCAGGCAAGGGUGGACUUGGUCUGGGUAUUGAGGGACCAGUGGAGACCCCAAUGCAGUGCCAGGAUAAUCAUGAUGGAACAUGCCAGGUCGUCUACCAGCCCACCAAGGCUGGGCCUUAUGAGAUUUCUGUUAAGUUCAAUGAGAAGCAUGUCCCAGGUAGGUGAAAAGAAUUGUUUAAAAAAAAAAAAAAAUUUCAUUGACAUAUUUUAUUUUGAAAGUGAAGUGAAUUUAAGAAUCAAGUGGUUGCUUAAACCUUGUAAGGAAAUUAUAAAAAGAAAUCUCAUGACAUCUUUCAUUCAUUGUAGGGUCUUAUAGCAAACUUAAAUAAACAGUUAUUUUUUAACAUUUUAUUAGUUUCUUUCAAUAUCAUAAGAAUUUUCAUUUUUUCCCUGGUUGUAUAUUAUAUUUUAAUAAAAUGCAAUUUUUAAGUAGUAACUAUGGUGAUAGGUUGCAGAAAUCAAUGUUAAUCUUCAAUUUUGUUAGCAGUUGGUCAAUAAAAGACCAUUGACAACAGCUAGCGUCAUCAGGCAGCCCAUGAUAACAUGAAAUUCCUAUAAUUAGUCUGAAAAGUAUAUAUAGCCUUAAUAACAAUGAUUUUCCAUGACCUUCAUCAGGCAGCCCAUUCCGUGUGGACAUCAAGAACCCAGUGAACCCAGCAAAGGUCAAAGUCUAUGGUCCAGGUCUUGACAGCGCUUACGUCAAGGCAGGUGCCCCAGCCAUUUUCACUGUUGAUACAACAGAAGCAGGACAGGCACCUCUUGAGGUCACCUACACUGAUAAGACAGGUGAUAAUUUAUUUUACUAUCAAACAUUUAGUGAGGCCUCAAGAAGUCAAAAGAAAAAUUAAUACAGAUUUUUUUUUUAAAAUGUAAGCCGAUUACAUUUGCGAAAAGGUUAUAUAUAUUGGUGUCAAAUUUGCAUAAUUUUGAAUAUAUUUGGUAAAUACUAACACAAAAGUGCAGAAAACGAAUAUAUUACAAAAAAUAAAACAUAUAACUCUCCUCUGUCAUGUACAGUUGGAAUAUCAUUAUUUAACCUAGGUGGUUCUUUUGCUUUUUUCUUUUUUUUGUGAGGGUGUGGUGUGGUGGUGGUUUGGGGGGGGGGGGGGAGGGGGAAAAUUCUUGAUUUGAAAUAUUUUUUAAAUUUUUUUUUUUUUUUUUUUUUUUUUUGGGGGGGGUGGGGUGGGGGGGGUUGGGGGGGGGGGGGGACGGGGAAAAAUCCUGACUUGAAAUAAUUUUUAAAAGACAAUGAAUUUCAAUGAUCACAAAGGACACUUUUAAAUUUAUUUUUAAAAAUUGUAAUUUUGUUAUUUUUUGAAUUAUACUUUUUAAAAACAUAUUUUCAACAGAAUAUACAAAUUAGACCAUGCCAGUUCAUUGAUUUUCAUUACAUUUAAACAAAAGAAUUGAAGUGAACUUUUAUAGACCUUUUUAUUUUAAUUGAAUCUUAGCAAUCUAAAUCAUUUGUUUCAGGUGUGAAGAGGCAAGCUGAAAUUGUUCCAGUGGAUGAUGGUAUAUACCAGGUUACAUAUGUCCCAACUGCUGAGGGACCAUGCCAAGUGGAUGUCAAGUAUGCUAACCAGCAUGUACCUGAGAGCCCAUUCCGUGUCAAUGCCCAGCCUGGUGUUGAUGCCAGCAAGGUCAAGGUUACAGGCCCAGGAGUCAGUGGCACUACACCUGCUAGUUUGCCUGCUGCCUUCCAAGUGGACACACGUGCUGCUGGCGAUGCUAAUCUUGAAGUGUUUGUUAAGGUGGGUCAUAUUUAUCUUAUUUUGUAUCCAUUUAUCUUUUAUUUUUUCUAUAACAUAUGUUAUAAAAACAAUUUUAAAGAUAAAAUGGAUUUUAAGGAUAAAAACGGUUUUUGAGAAAAUAACAGAAUUUUCUGAUUUUUGGGAUUUAACCCAAGAUAUUUGUUUUAUUACCUCAGCACUCAUACCAAUAAAGUUAGCUGGCUAUAGUCAAGUGUAAUUCAUUUAUCAAAAAUCACAAUAAACACACCAUAAUCAAACCAUAGUAUUAUAAUAUCAUGUCCUAUUAUUGUUCAUGUGUGUAGAGCAUAAAAUAAUGAGUACACUACAAUCCAGAUCUAGCAUAUAAAAACCUAAUGUCUCUUCUGAUAGCGCCCUGAUGACACAUUCAUCCGACCCUUCAUCCAAGACAACAAGGAUGGAACUUUUGAUGUAGUGUACACUCCUGAAGACUUGGGUGUAUAUGAUGUCACAGUACAGUACGGAGGUCAGAACGUUCCCGGCUCACCUUUCAAUGUCAAGGCUACACCCACCGGAGAUGCCAGCAAGUGCAGGAUUACAGGUAAAUGAACAGACAGUUUUAUGAGACUAUUGAAAAAAAUAAUGUUGUCCAGUUAGUAUUAUGAUUUUCAUAGACAUACAACAAGAUCUUUUAUUUGCAUUAAAUUUGGUAUUGUGAUUUACUAUCCUUUGUUUUUAAUUUUCAGACAACAUUCUAAUUUCCUUGUUAUGACUACUGUAGAGUAUUUUAAACACAAGAUAACUUUCCCCAUGAUUUCCAUGAUCAUUUAUCAGCUUAAACUAAGAAUCACUAUAAGGCUUUUGCACUAAAUUCACAAGAAAAUUUAUUUUUAAAAUUAUAUUAAUUAUUUCUGAAGUUGAAAAAAAAAAUCUUCCUCCUUCAGAUGGUAACGACAAGACGGUCCCAGUUGGUAAGGAGACCAUCAUUACCGUCGAUGCCUCUCAGGCUGGUGUCGGCAAAGUCACGUGCCGCAUUCGAUCCCCAACCGGCAGUGACAUUGAUAUUGACAUCAUUGACCAGGGCGAUGGCACCUUCUCGAUCUCCUUCACCCCGCAGUUCCCAGGCCCCUACACCAUUGAGAUCAAGUUUGGUGGGGAGCUUGUGCCCAAUGGAAGCUACACAGUUCAGGUAUGUGUUUGACCUGUGGUCAGUGUGGCUAAAAUCAUCUCUGUCACAUUUGUGGUUGUUGUGUGCAGUUCCCCCAGGAUUGUUGUGAUACUGUCAUCUUUUUCUUGCUCCUUACCAUGACAUCAUAUCCUUUCUGGCAGAGACAUGUCAGCUGUAGUAAAUGUAGGAGCAAACCAAUGAAAAAUAUAUCAAAAUAGUUAUACCUCGCCAAACAUUGGUAACAGUUAUGCUUGAACUUCCCUUCUACUAAAGUUACCUGACAAAACAUGAACUCAAGAACAGCACAUUUAAGAAUCCCAAUUUUCGCUACACCCCUUCCCCCCAUGAUACAUCACUGCUCACUUUUUAUUUCAUGGCCAUGAACAAUAUUAAUAUUCUGAUGUCUCACCCACUUUUAAACUGAAUAUUUAUUACACCACACUUAAAUUGCGACUAUUUCAUUUUCCGAAACGAAAAGAAAAUAUUACACACCAAACACAGUUACGUUAUUUUUAAAAAAUCAUUUAGAUAGUUAUCAGGAAUUAUACUGUGCGUGUUAUUGAACUCAUUGCUGAACCAUACUUUCUUUCAAACAUAUUAUUUGUAAUAUAAUCUCAAUACCAAAUACACUGAAUAGGAAUCAGCCAGCUUGGUAGGAAGCUGCUGGAAAUGGAAGCAGUCUACCAGAAGCAUAAUAUAUAUUUAAAGAUUAUGAUUGAAACAAACAUGCCAACAUACAUUUUUCUAUGACAGCAGUUUUCAACUAGUUUCACUGGUGUAUCCCAAGAAUUUGAUAUAAUGAAGAAAAAUAUCUGUUUUUUUUAGGUUUGACACAGGACAAAUAAUUUGCCAAUAUCAAAUAAUAAAUUAACAAUUUAAUAAAAAUAUGACAGUUAUCAGAAUUUAAAAAAUGUCCAAAACUAUUACUGUUAUGGCAUUUUUCCAUAUGCAGCAGAAAAUUGACAUAAAGUAGAUACUUAAAAUAAAUGUUUACCAAAUAAAACUUCAACAGAUAUCCUAAUAGCUAAACAAAACAAAUAAGGUGACAUGAUUUCUUUACAAGAAGAGGAUAUGAUGUAUUGGUAUGGGAAAAUUUCACAUCCUACUUGACCAUUCUGCCACUGAAGUAACAUUUCUACCUAAAUACUCACAUAACAAUUCCUUCACUUUCCUUCUUCAAUAUGACAUAAUUCACUGACAUCUGUCUCUCUAUACUUAAAUCAGUUUUUUUUGGUUAAUAUAUUGGUAAGCAUAUGUGUUUAUACAGUCUAACUCAGAGGUCCUCAAUUUUUUUAUUUAAAUUAAAAAAAAUUAAAAGUGCCCCAAUUAGGGGACAAACUGACAUGAUUUCAGAAAUCUCUAUGUUACAAGGACAUUCUCUAUAAGAAAUUUUGAGUUAUUUCUCUAUUAUCCAUGGUGUCUCCUUGAAUGACUACAAGCUUGGGGACUCCUGGUUAAACCCCAUUAUUUCGAAAAGAUCCACUAAUUCAAACACUGAUCCAUAAAAUUUGUUCUCUCUCUCUGGCACUGUCUAUAUCUGUUGGCACCAUGCAUGCACUGCAGUUAACUCUAUUCACAUUAAUGGCUAACAAUAAGAAUAUUACAUCUUUACAAAAAUUAUUGAUAUACACAAAAAUGUUCUUAUGAAAAGCUAGUACAUUAAUGAUAAAAUUAAGCCCUAAAUUUAGUUACAAUACACUAACUGCUAUAAUACUAGACUGCAAAGUGAGGUGAAAUUUUAUAUCUGCCCUUGAGUUGGGAGCAAAAGACUGGUAGCAUUGGUGUCAUUUUUUAAAACGUUUUUUCAUACAAACUUAAUUUUUUUUGGAUCAAAUGGUCUAAAAAAAUUAACAAAUAAAUAAACAAACAAAAUUUAAUGUAAGUUAAUUUUCAAUAUUGACACAAUCUAAAAUGAGCAGUCAAAUAGCAGAUGUAUUAUAUAUAAACUCUAUUCCAACAUCCACACAUGUAUGAUGAACCCCUUUUAAAAUAAUGUAUUGAUGACAGAAUCUGAUGGCUUGAUAGGCUCUAUUAGGUCAUACAUACCAUGCAGAUUAUCUCCAUGUUGUUAUAGUCACUUCUUACUUGAGCCUUGAGAAGGAAUUCACCCAGUUUUUGAAGUCUGCUGGAGAUGAUGUGGAAAAGUGUGGUUGUAGAGUGAACAAAUGGGUGUUGGCUGUAUCUUGAGGAGGUUGUUCUUACCUGGCUUUAGUUUGGCUAGUUGGCUGGUUAUCAUUACAUGUUCUUGGAGAUCGGGGUUUGUUGCUUUUGGCAUCUAUAGGUUGACUUUGCGCGAUAUUUCAGUAAUGUAUGGUACAUACUUGUGAGUGUUUUCAUUUGUUAAUGUUAUAAAUGGCCUAGCUGAGUUAGUGCCGCCCGGGGCUGGUCUAGAUUUUUUACGCCUCCCCUAUGAACAAAACUCUGAAGUUGGCAGAAAAUGCCGCCCUUCUAUAUAUAGAAAUAAGUGCAGCCUUGGCCGGACGGCCCGCUUCGCCCACCCUUUCUAUGUCAGUGGUUAUAAUAUAUGUCUGUUUCUGGUAAUUAUGUAAUUCCUUAGUGCUGCUGAAACUGCUUAAAACAGAUUUUAAAAUCUUUUUUAAAAAAACAAGUAUUUUGAACUCCUGGCUGCUUUUGCUGUAUUUGCGUCACUGUUCUACUAUAUUCAAUUUAUAGAAUCACUGAGUUUGGGUGCAUAGAGGAGACGCCAACAUUUAAAAUUACACUGAGCAUAUCAUAGGAAAUAUUUAUUAACCAAACAACAACAUUCUGCCUCUGCAAGCCACCUUCUGCCUAUCGAAAAGCCUCUGUAAUAUCGUGUCACUAAAUUCUUGGAUCGGUAAAAAUCUAUUUUCAAUAAAUCCUCAAAAUGUUAUACCAAUAGGCCUCUUGCUGGUUUAUGAAAUAUUAUUUGAGAAUUCGUGCCUCAGCUUGUUAAAAAAAAAUGUGUCUACGUCCCCACCUGCCCACCUGUAGAAACAAGUAACUCUCAGAGGCAAGCAGCAGGUGCUGAUGGGUUGUGAUUUCAGAUUAGACAACCCAUAAGACAGGACUUUUGCCAAUUUUAGAUUGGAGGGGUUGGCUACCCAGACAUCACUUAUUCUUAUCUUACCUCACAAAUAUUUUAUUGCCCCAUAAUGUCUGACAGCCCUGCAUCCUAACCAGUGAUGGGGUAGAAGAGUAUUUGUACAUUUUCCACAGCAAUUUAUUCAGUUACAAAUUCGUUAUGAGUGGCCAGUGUUCCAAGAAAAUCGAGAUCAAACAACGUCAGUUGUCGAAGAUAUUAAGACUUCCGUAGUAUGAAUGAUCCGUGUAAACCUGUAAGAAGUCACUUUGAAAGAAGAGAGCCCACCUUUUAAUGUAUUGCAUUUUCCAAACAAAAAAAAAAAGUUUCACUGCAUCUUACAAAAGUUAAAUCCGUUAACUGACAUGAACAGCGUUUCCGGGGCGGGCACAGACACACACGCGUGUUUGUCAUAGGAUAAUCUUACCAUAUUUGAAAUUGACAAUCGGGUUAUUUUGCCUCUCCCCCCCCCCCCCUACCUUUUGUCCAAGGAAGUUGUUUUUGUUUUCUUAAUACUUAAUUAGGUAUAUAUAGUUGGCGGUCCACCGCUUACUUCUUUUGUUAUAAGUUCGAAACAAACCUGUUUGUUGCAAACCAAGAAUCGGUGAAGAUUUUCCGCGCAAUGUGAUAAAAUAUUCUGUGGAGAUAAUAAUGUUAUAGAUUAUUCUUCUACUGCAACCGUGAGCGGAACAUGAAAUUUUGAAUUGAUGGCAUCUAGUGAAAGAUACUAAUCAGAAACAAAGAUUAUUAUUCACCACAAAUAUUGAAGUAAUGGCGCUAAUUCAUGAUUUCAUACCCGAAGCAGUUAGUAAUUUUGUAAAAAUCAUAUAAAUGAGAGCUUUGCGAAGGAAGUAAAACGAAAAUAUACAAAUCUAGCUGAAGUGCCAAGAAUGUUCUCUAACGUCAUAGCCGUUCCCUCUCCAUUGCUAAACGAAACACGGGUUCUUUUAAAAUAUACGAACGUUGCUCAGAAGAUAACCGCAAUACAUGUGUGAUAUAGCGGGUGCCCAGGUUGAGAUAAUCACAAGGAAGCCAAAACAAGCUCGUGGGGACAGCUCGUCAUUUAUUUCAAAAGUUCUCAAGGCAAACUCCGAAACGGAAAUUGUAAAAUAAUCUAUUUUUUAGAGUAAGCCGAGUUUGAAAUGUACCGUAGUUUGUAAUUUUCCUCGACCUAAAAUACAUUUUGGAUAAUCUCUAUAGAUUAUCAUUUACUCUAUAGAUUACCAUUCGCUUGAUUAGUCUAUAAGAAAAUGAAAAAAAAAAUUAAAAAGAGUUAACUAAUAAAUCUUUUAACGUAAACAUGGGGAUGAUAUGGAUUAAUUAUUCGCUAUUUAAAUUGUUAUUCUAUAUCUGCGUUGAGACGAUUUAUUUUAACUUUACGAAUGUUAUUAUUAAUGAAUAAUUUAUUGAUGGUACGGGGCCAAUAUUUGAUGUUCCUUGCUGUAUUCGAAGUGGGUUAUUCAUAGAUAAGAAUAGAUUGUCGAAUAGAAUAUGAAAUACCGCCAGCCCCGCCCUGUCGUUUUGGAUGAACAUGUGACGAUAUAGGACGACAUGUAAGCAUUAAAAGGCGUUUAAUCUAGCGAUGAUUAUCUAGAUGACUUGAGCCACAUUACUGUGUUUCCUUAUUCUCUUUUGAUGGCUUUUUUUAUGGGGUCCACUAACCUUGGCCAUGGUUGUCAGGGAAAGAGUUGCUUUGAACAUGAGGCAGUAGCGAUGGGGUUUAUCAUGGACCAGUCUAAGUGGCGGAGAGCUGGUGCCGGGCAUACUCCUAGUUUGGUGCUGCUGUAAGUUAUGACCUAGCGUUACUGAUGUGACCCUUCAAAAGAUUAUUUCUAAGGUGUUUGCUAAUGAGCUGGUCCUUUAUGAAUCUAUAGAGAUAUGGUAUUCGAACGACUGUCGCUUGGGAUAAUAAUAUCGCGAAAUGUUACUACGAGUAAAAAAUAUCCCGGUAAAAUACAGCCGGAAAAAAACAACAAUUUUCCCGCUUUUCUGGACAAAAUAAAAAUAGACUAGCCUUCAAUCUUGUUCAAAGAUAUAACCGUCAUUAAUAUUGUAUAAUAUUACAUUGCCGUGGGACUUUAAAUUAACAUCUUGAUCAUGAUUCACUUGUGUGAAAUAAUAUCUUUCCAACAGGGCACCUAGCCGCCUCCAUUAAAUAUUCAGUACCUCCGAAAGCUACACUAUUUUAUAAAAUAUUUGAGCUAGCAUCUAGCUGCGGACACCUCAGUUAUAUCUUAUCUCAGCUAGUAUUAGUUGGUUUAUCUACAACCCCAGCCCCACUCUACCCCCACCCCCAAUUUUUCUACCUUCAACUUGCUUCCAGGAUUGAGCCCUCUCUCUUAACUGGAAGGCUGCCUCCAGAAUUACUUCAUUUUCUGUGAAGAUACGGUUACUGGCGAUUGAGUCCGUGUGUGCUGUUUUUAUAUCUCCAAUUGGUCAUUCAUUGCCUUUAAGGUCACCGGUUUGUGUUAAUAAACAAUUGUGUGACUGGGGAGGAAUCACUAUUAUUAGAAUAAUCAUUUUCUGCCAGUUGAUUCUUACUUGCUAUUUUCUCAUUUCCUUGGAUGCCGUAUUUCGUUUGAUAUUUCGUCUGCAGAAUGUUUUAUUGUGUUAUUUGAAAGAGAAAUAAAAGCUAAACAUUAUGGCAUGGUGUGGUACAAUUAAUAAUAAUAAUAAUAAUAAUAAUAAGUGGUCUUAUAUAGCGCGGUACCCCGGCCUAGGGCUGGGCUCACCGCGCUGUACAUAUAUAGCAAAAUUAGCAAACGCUUUUAAUUUUAAAAUGCAAUUGUUUUUAGAAUUAGGUUCACGACUUGAAAAAAGAAAGAAGAAAAUGGUACUAAAACACUUGCCACCGAAGAUUUGUUAGGAUGAAAUUAUUCCGACUAAUUAAUAUCACGCUUUGAGUGAAACAUUGUGUAUCAAACUAUUGUUUUUAUGGAGUAUGAAAUUGACCGUUGUUUAUCAAAAUUAAUAUUGGUGUUGGUGUAUUUAAACAAUGAGUAUUGUCAACAAGGGAAAAAAAAGAAAGCAUGAUGUGAAACAGAAAAAUACCGAGAUGCGUGCUGACGUGUAAAAUUAAGCCGAUUCUGUCGUUGGGAUAGGGGAGUGUAAUCUUAACUGGACUGUUUCUAUCGGUUUGUCACUGAAGGAUUUCAGGCUUAUCUCCCUUGGAAAUGUCUAAACUAUUUUUUUUUUCCUCUCUUGACGUUGACAUUUUAAAUAGUUUAUUGAGAUUUAAAAAUAACGCUCACCUGAAAUCCCUUCUUUAAACAUAGUUAAUUGUUAAACAGCUUUACUUGGGUCCAUCCAGAAAAUUGUUGGUAGACCGCAUAAUGAAUAAAUCACAAUGUCACACUUGGGCCUAGUCACACAAUUAUAAAAGAUAACUCACAUCAAAAUCCGACAAUAUUUUUCAUGACAAUUUCUUUACUUGCAGUUACUCUUUUCUCUCAAUAUUAAACAUUAUAUAACAAAAUAUAUAUAUAUAAAAAUAACUCAACAUUAUGUCAACAUCCUCAUUUCACCCCUCACUUUAUUGUAAAAUCAUUAUGUAUUUUGAUAAUUUUCUAAUUCACUCUUGUUAUAAAAAUGUUUCCUAAAUUUAAAAAAAAAUAUGUUUUGUGGGUAAAUGAAAUUCCUUUUUUUAAUCACAUCUUUUGGAAGGAAACCUGCAUGAUUGAGAAGAUCUGUAACACAAAACGAAAGUUACUUAGUAAAAAUCUAAUGAGGAAAGUGACCACACUAUUUCAAUGUAAGCACUGUGACUGCCUUGGUGAAAACCCCUCUUCCUUUGUCCAUUUCACUCUCACCUCUUGAUCGCAUGAUUUGCAUGUUUUGAUGAGCUGUUCCCCUUUGUGUCUUUUAUUAGGCAGUACUGGAGGAAGAAUACGAAGCUUACCUGGCCACUAAGGUGAGUUUUCUUACCACUAAGUUUUUUAAACAGUCAGUUUUAUUUACAUAAAUAGAUACGGAUUCCUUUUCAUAAAUAAUUGUUUUAUUUUUCUUUCUUUUUUUAAAAACAUUUUUUGUUAACAUUUUUGAUUGCUCAAAUCUAUGAACAAAUUGGAAUCCGAUCUAAUUUUGUGUAUAAUACUUUUUUAAAAUACUUAUUGUACUGUAUUUUUUUAUUCUUCAAAAUUAUUUCACGUUUUAAAUUCUGUUUAAUUCAGUAGGCAUCACCUUUUGGUUGGUUAUCCAUGCGCAUUUUGUAAAUUUUCAAUGUGAUCAAAGCAGCAAUAUAAUAAUAAUAUAGAAUGAAGUGACCUUCAUAUAUGAAAGUGAUAAAUAUUAUUUAUUUUACUAAUAUCAUUAUGUAGCUAUGGUUUAGUGCUUAGAGAUAUUAUAUCAAUGCAUGUUUCCAGUUUUGAAAACAAUAUUUUGCUUAGCUAAUAAUAUUUAUUAAUUCAUUUGAUCUGAAAUUGGAUCUAAUAUGAACUGUCAAAAAAUGAAAAAAUGAAAAUGUAAUAAAGUUAAAGACUUUCCUGCAUAAUUUCUUUCAUUAACCAUGUCUAAUCCAUUUAAUUUUAAGUUCUACUAAAUGUAGCGUUGACUGAAAAAUUAUGUUAUGCUUUCAUUAGGUGGGUGAGGAGUUCCUUAGUGCUGACAGAGUUGAUGCUGUUCAUACAGUAGCUCCUGGCUCAGGCUUAUUCCAACCUGUGGACUUCACAAUACCUGUUGGCCCCAUCUUCAAUUUUGUCUCAGGUAAGAAAAUUAUUUAACACCUUUGCUGACAUAGUUGUUAAGUUAGCAGUUCCCCUGGAAAGCCUUAUGACUAAUAAUUUUAGGGAUUAUAAAGAACACAUUUCAUGUUGAACUAUGUUUUAGCCAUUUUGUUGAACUAUGUUUUAGCCAUUUUGUUGAACUAUGUUUUAGCCAUUUUGUUGAACUAACAAAAUCGGUAAAACAACUUGAUACAAAAUCGGUAAAACAACUUCUAUGUUUUAGCCAUUUUGUUGAACUAUGUUUUAGCCAUUUUGUUGAACUAUGUUUUAGCCAUUUUGUUGAACUAUGUUUUAAGCCAUUUUGUUGAACUAUGUUUUAGCCAUUUUGUUGAACUAUGUUUUAGCCAUUUUGUUGAACUAUGUUUUAGCCAUUUUGUUGAACUAUGUUUUAAGCCAUUUUGUUGAACUAUGUUUUAGCCAUUUUGUUGAACUAUGUUUUAGCCAUUUUGUUGAACUAUGUUUUAGCCAUUUUGUUGAACUAUGUUUUAGCCAUUUUGUUGAACUAUGUUUUAGCCAUUUUUGUGGUAUGUUUUUUAAAAAAAUAUUUCAAUUUCAAACCUGACAACCCAGGGAGGGGUUAUUGAAAUUGUUUGGACCAUCAGUAAAAAUAUGGCAUUUGGCAAGACUAUAAUUAUAAGAUAAUAAUUAUAUCUUAUAUGGGUUGUUGUAAUUUUAAAAUUAUUAAUUUAUUAUUUCAAUCAAAUGAUUGUAGGUGUAAUGUUUAAUAUUGUUAACUGCAUUGUCAUUGCUUUAUGUUUAUUCCUAUAUCUGAUAUCCCCCAGCCACUGUGGUAAUGCCGUCUGGAAAGCGUGCCUAUCCCAACAUUGAGGAUAACAAGGAUGGCACGGUGACUGUAAGAUACCAGCCCACUGAGACAGGGCUUCACCAGUUGCACAUGCAAUACAACAAUGAGGAGAUUGAAGGUGACAACAUUUUAGUUUACUUAUAAACAAGCUGUUUUAAAGGAUUUUUACUUACUACACAUUUUUCUUUAUGUUGUAACACUAUGUUUGAUAAAACACCCAGCUAAUAUAACAUAAUGUGUUUUCUAUGAUCUCCAGGAAGUCCAUUCUUGUUCCAUGUUGAAGCUAUUGACUCUGGCUAUGUGACAGCCUAUGGCCCAGGUCUUAGCCAUGGUGUGGUACAUGAACAAGCUGUGUUCACAAUCAACACCAAGAAUGCUGGAGCUGGUGGGUAUCCCCUCCUUAGACAUAAACUAUUUAUUUAAUUUUACCAACAUUGCAACUUUGUUCAUAGUUCCAAGCACUCUAAUCAUGUCCAUAUUAAUUUUUAGUUCAUUUAUAAUGACAGAUCAAUAAUUUUGUUAAAAUUAUGACAAAACCAACAUAGUUAAUAAAAUUACUUUUUUUUUUUUUUUUUUUUUUAUAAAACAGGUGGCUUGUCCCUUGCCAUAGAAGGCCCCUCAAAGACAGAGAUCCAGUGCAAGGACAAUGAAGAUGGCACCUGCACAGUUUCCUAUCUGCCAACAGCACCAGGAGAGUAUCAGAUCACUGUCAAGUUUGCAGACAAGCACAUUGCUGGUUCACCCUUCACUGCUAAAGUUACUCGUAAGUUGACCUCUCAUUGCAUGCUUGGUCAUGUGAACUUGAACACAUUAACGGUUUUCCACCAUUUUAAUCAUAAAAAGUAUGUGGUUGUUAUUGAAAGAACAAAACACUAAUUUCAUUUGAUUUGUUGAAUCACUUACUAGAUUGAAUUAACCAAACAGUGAUUGGUGGUAGUAAACUCAUUGAAUAAUUCAGAAGUUCAACACCGUAUGAAAGUCAGUUCUUCUUGGUUCUAUUUUUGAAACUGUGUUACACUUUUCAGCUGGAGAGCCAAGACGAAAGAACCAGAUUUUGGUUGGAAGCAGUUCAGAAGUCUCCCUCAAGGUAACCGAGCAGGAUAUAGAGAGCCUGACCUCCACAAUCAUCUCACCAUCAGGUCGGGAGGAACCUUGCUUCCUUAAGAGACUGGCUAAUGGACACUUGGGUAGGUUGACAUCAAGCAAUAUCAUGUGCUGUACAUAGUUGCAGCUUAAACAUCAGCAUCAUGCAGUCUGUGUGUUAAUGGGAGAAAAUAUGAGUUUGUCAUCAUGCUUUUAUUGUUGUUAUUGAGUCAGGCUUGAAAAUAAAUGCUGUGCCCAUCAGUGGGGUAGAUCACAUAUGACAGAUGUUGGAAACUAGUUGUUUAUUGAUUUCAAAUAUAUUUGUUUCAGGUAUCACCUUCACACCUCGUGAGACUGGUGAACAUCUGGUGAAUGUGUUCCGUAAUGGACAGCACAUUGCCAACUCACCUUUCAAGAUAACGGUCGGAGAGAGCGAAAUCGGCAAUGCAAGCAAGGUCAAGGUUUACGGCAAAGGGUUGGAGCAGGGACUGGCCAAUGAAGUCAAUGAGUUCAUUGUUGAUACUCGUGAAGCUGGUGAGCAACUCAUGAUAAAAUAUUUUUACAUUUGUCUUUCCAAAUAUACCAUUUAUAAUAAUGAAUGCACCUUUUGUAUGGUGGUUGUUCAAUUACACAAAGUGAAAUAGAUGAACUCAACAUUUGACAUUGUCAUUAACAUUUGACUUGUCUUUUUUUUUCCACAUUAACUGAAUGUCGCAUUAUGGAAAUUAAAUGAAAAUUUCUUUUUUAAACAAAUAUGUUACCAGUACUAAAAAAAUGUUAAUAGUCAUGGAAUAAGUAUUCAGAACUUCAUAUACUUCUUUCUGUCAUUUUUUAAUAGAGGAAAAACAAAAAAAUAUUAACGUUAAUUACGUGAACAAAAUCUUAUUAACUUUAGAUCUAGAUUUCAGCUACAUCAAAGUUGAAACAGGCGUUUUAUUUCUAAUUUUCAUCGUUGAGUUUAAGAGACUUGUAUUAAUGAUAGUUUUUGUGUUCUGUUUCAGGCUACGGUGGUAUGUCUCUCUCCAUUGAGGGACCCAGCAAAGCUGACAUUGAAUGCCAUGACAAUGAAGAUGGUACAUGCCGUGUGACCUACAAACCCACUGAACCAGGAACCUACAUCAUCAACAUUAAGUUUGCUGACCAACAUGUUCCAGGUGAGCUCUUAACAUUUUUACCAAUGAUGAUAGCUAUUCCUGUUACUUUUUUGUCUAUUCAUUUUUGGUUUAAUCAAUAUCAUUUAAAAUAUAGUUGUUUUAAGAAAAUUUAAUGAAGAUUUCAUUAACUGCAUGGUUCUUUGUUAUUCACCUUGCUGUACAUGUCGACCUAAAUGUAGUGGAAAUAAGUAAACAGCAAAGUAUUAAGAAAAUAAAGAUUAUCUGCUUAAGAUCUAAAUGAAUCAACAUAACCAUCAUUGCUGUACCAAAAUUUUAGUUUUGUCUUACUUAUACAAAUUUGUUUUUUCUUCUACUCUGAUGUCAACCUUUAUGUCUCCAUCUUCCAUUGUCCUUGUAUGUAGUCUACAUUCUUGCCAAUCACACAUAUCUUUUAUGUAUCAAAUAAUCUCUACAUUGAUCAACUCUGUGUGCUUCCAGGCAGUCCAUUCACAGUGAAGAUUGGAGGGGAACCCUCUGCCAAAAUCACAGAGCGUAUCACACGUCACAAAGAGGCUGCUGACGUCACACAUGUGGGCAGCCAGUGUGAGCUUAGCUUGAAGAUUCCAGGUAAGAUAUUUAUCCCUGUCAAAUUUCUUGUUUAGAAGUAAUCAGUGUGAAAGCUAACUGAAUGGCUGAAGUGACAAUCUCAAAAUUGGAGAAUUGUACAAUUUUAAAUCCUAUUUUGGACAUCAAACACAGCAUGUGACUUGCUUGGAUUAGGUACUUAAAUCUGUUUACAAAAUCAGAGUUGCAUUGUGUUGUAUUUCAGUAAACCUUGUUGUUUGUGUUUUUGUGCAAGAUGUUUGUUACUUUUAACAAUAUUCUCACCAUGGAUCACUUCAUUCUUUCACGGUACCAGUAUGUGUGUAUGUUUGAUGGCAUUUUGCGUGUGUCUGCUGUUUGUAGUUUUGUCAUGAUAUAGUUAACAGAGUCACUGAGACUAAUAGUUAGGCUAAGAGGACUUACAAUUUCUUUCAUGGUUUGUACUAACACUAACCUUCUCCACAAGCUUGUCUGAUCUGAGAAAUGCAACAGUUUCAGAGUUAUUGAAUAAUUUGAAAGGAAGCUUCUCCUGGUUUGUUUUGGGUUGUAGGUGGUGUAAUCAUAAACAAAAAAACAGUUACAUUGUGCAUUUCAUUGUUUAAAUCAGUCUCUUCUCUCCCUACCAUAUUUUAUUCUCAACUUUACCCUGGUAGUAAUAAAAUGUUACCGUUAGUUCGUCAUCAUUUGUUGAUUAUUGCAACAACUGGUUGUUUGUGUGUAGGCACUGCUUGAUUCAAUUGUCUUAUCUCAGGUAUAUUGAGCUUGUCAAGAGGUUAAGAGAGGGAAGAAAUACUUUUUAUCUUAGUUUGUGCUUUAAAUAGAAAGCAAGUCUGGCAGUUUAUCAGGUAGCAAGCCAUGACAGGGAGCUGCAGAUAGGAAAUAUCAAUAUGGAUGCUUCUGCAGGCUCUGCUCUUUUUCUUUGGUUCACCUGUUUUAUCUAGGACAAAGUGCCAGUCUAUAAGAUUUAUAUUGCUAGCUAUUGCUGAGUUUGUUUUUAUUCUUUUGGAUUAUUUUUUUUCCCCAACAAGUUUUUCUCUGUCCUGAGCUUUGAAUAUCAGAGCCCGUUUUAGUUUCUUGACUUUUGUGCCAGUUGUUUGUUUCUAGUCCUAAAUGACUCUUUCCAGCAUCUAUUAUGAUACCUGGUACCAGGGUAUGGGUCAGCAAGUUGCAUUUAACUGUUCAGGCCUUCAUUCAUUUUUCUAUUUUAUUAUAUUAUAUCCAUUUGAAUUUUAAUUAAAGUUGGUAGUUAAUAUGAGGUGGGACCUCCAAAUAACAGGAUUACUUUAUUGUCCUUUGUCAGUAUGAGGUCUUGUGCAAGUGUUUAGGCAUAUUCUGACUUAAUCUUGUGUUUAAAGUGCAAAUACUAGUAAAAAAAAUUCAAUCAAAUAUAUUGAUUAACAAAACCAAAUUUGUUCACAUCCCGUGUUCGCAUGAAUUCUAUAUCUGUCUACAUAAAAGGUUGCUUUUUGAUAUUUCUAGCAAAUCUCAUGUCGUAAACAAAACAAAACAACUGGUAAAGCAUAUUUACUCAAAAAUAUUUGUGAAUGCUUCUUCCCAUUUACUGAGCAUGUUACUACAAUAUUCAUUAGUUGGCUGCAUAUUUGCUCAUUAUUAAGGAAUGCCUCGCUUUAAUAAAUGUUAAGAAGUUGACAUACCCAAUAAGAACUUGUUUUUAACUCCAAAAUGUAUUUUGAGCAUUCAGUUCACAUUUUGAUUUAAAAUUAAAGUAAAUAAGUUGCUUGGGUGUUUUCAUAUUUUUUAAAAUGUCCCUUAUUUUUAAAGUUCAUAGAUGAUAACAUUGUCUUACCUAGCCAAUAAUGUCAUCCAGAACUACUAGUUCUCAGGAAGCUAGUAAUAAGCUAUAACAGGUGCUUCUUUCCCUACACCUUUCUACAGGUGGCAACUUUCCAAAUUUAAAGGUAUUCAGAGCCAUACAGUGUUUUAAUUUGAGAGUGAAAAAAACCCAACCUGUUAUUUUUAGUGUAAAUGUAUCACUGAAUUUGCUUGAUUUAUAGUUUUCAUAACUGUAUAUAUCUAGAUUUGAGAUUUGAUGCAGUCUAUUUAAGUGAUAUGGAUCAAUGGGUGGCAAGGAUGUAAGUUAGAUAUCAAAAUUUUAAAAGUAGAUUAGAGGAAAUGGCUCAAAAACUAAAAAAAAAGAUAUGAUUUUUAAAAAAAAAUAUGAAAAAACAAAUAAAGUUCAAAUACACUAUUAUUGGAAUUCUGCUAAUAGUGUAUUUGAACUAGCAUGCACAACACAAAUGUAUGAAUCAGCUGAGGUUUCAAACAUUGUUCUCAUGGCCGAUACAUUUUCCUUUUGAUGUCUGGAUAGCAUAGGGACACCUGACUUUUUCCUAAUUAAAGCAUUCCAAAAAUAACCCCAGAAGAACCAGAUCACCAAAAUAACCCAAGAGCUGCCAGUUAUAAAAUUCUUUAUGAGCCCAGUUUUCCUGUAAGAAGUAUUGGUUUUUUUUUUUUUUUAAGGGAACACCUGAGUGUGCAGUGUAUCCAAGAUGUCUGAGGCAAUUUAACCCACUGAUUAGAUUACCCCCCCUCCCACCAACUCACACACAAAAACCACCUUCCUAAACCAGUUUGGUCCCCUAGAGGUAGCUCACACUCUGAGGUAGGCACAGGCCUAAAACUGAUUCCAUAUCUGUCUGAGUUGGGCAGGUAGAAAGUGUUGUUUUUUUUCUCAAAUCCAAUUUUGUGAACUGUGAGCAUUUUAUAAAUAACAUUUAAAUAGUGAAAUAUUUUAUUCAAGUGUGUUUUUCCAUGGUUGAGUGUUAAUUUGUAUUUAGUAAUAACUAAUUUGGUUGCAUAAUUUUUGUUUAAAUUGUCAAGAAAAAUAAAUAAAAAAUAUCAUUCAUUGUGUUCUGAUCAUUCUGCAUGAUAAUACAGGCUAUUUUUAAAUGUGGAGCAUAGGUAAUGGGAUUGGAAGGAGGCUUUGGUGCACCUAGUUACCAAAUCUUUGGUGUUAGCCAAGUAUCUGUUCUUUUAAUAGGACUAGGAGUCUUCUGUUUGAAGUGUUUGUGACAUGUGGCACCAGCUGACUCAGCACACAAUGAUCAAUUCUUUUGUUAAACUUAUCUCUUCCAGUUUAUUUUUGGAUAAUGCUUUUUUUAAUGUACGGACCGAUACCAGUAGUUAAAAAAAAUAUAUUUUUUUGUGUUAUGGAUCAAGUUCUCUGUGAUUUUGAUACAUUUAUUGGUUAAUAAAGAAAGUGAAUAAUUAUUACAUGGAGCUUUUGGAAUACAGUGGUUUGUAAUAUGAAACCAACUACUUUGUAAAACUGGCUUUCACAUAGUUUAGGUCUGCUGCACCAUAAAAAAAUAUUCUUAACCUAUUACAUCUUAUCUUAUGGCAAAUCUAGCUCACUUCAUUGCUGGUACCUGGAAUAUAGAAAAGUAAAUGUAAAAAAACAUUUUGACAUUUCUCUUGCCCAAAUCCAAAUUUUAAUAAUUAAAAAUAAAAUAUGACAUCUUUUCCAUGUAAAAGCUGAAAAUUUACAUGCAACUUCUGUAUAUAAUAAAUAUAUUGGUACAGAACCAGUGGAGUAUUCAAAUUCAAACCUUAGUAGCUAUAAUUUUUUUAAAUUGAAAUGACUUUUUCUUAUUCACGUGAUCAUGGGUCCACUGUUAGAAUAUUUUCAAUUAUGUGCACAGAGUUGUCUUGUUGUUUAAGUUUAGAUUUUGAAAAUCUGGAUCAGAGUUGAAACACCAAAAAAAAGAACAUUGGCUCUAUUUUAACUUUUUGUGAGGCUGUGCAAAGUGUACGAAAAUGUCAGUUACUUAUAGCACUCAUCCUAUAAUGACUACUCAUCCUAUAAUGACCAGUCAUCCAAUAAUGACCGGUCAUCCUUUAGUGACCACUCAUCCUAUAAUGACUCUGCUUAAAUCUCAGCCAUCGCCGGCUGUGGAAGUACCUAUAACUAUUAAAAAACCAGAGACUUACACAGGUUUGUAUUGCGAUAUGUUGCACUUUUUAUGUAGCAAUGUCUCAUUUUUCACUAUGUAUAUUACUUUGGAUUUUGGAAUAUUGUGAUAUUUAAAUUAAUUUGAUAUCGGUCUGUUGUAUGUUUAAAUAUGUUGUGUAUAUUUAUGAUUAUAUGUAGUGUAAAUAAUAAUUCUAAUAUUUAUAUAUGUUCAUUAGCUUAACUUUUCUAUUUACAAAAUUUUUUCUCUUCUUCACUUAAUACAUACUUAUCCUUAAAAACACUGGUCAACAAUUGACAUCCUUUACUUUUGAUGCAUUCAUUGUACCAAGAUCUAGACUUAUUUCCAUCAUACAGGUAUGUAGUAAUUAUAAAUUGAAUCAUGUAGCCUAAGUGUAUCAUUGUCUAAAUUUCUAUAUUAUUAUUAUUUAAUCCAACAGGCACCACACCAUUUGACAUGACAGCUUCGGUGAAGAGCCCAUCUGGUGUGACCGAGCUGUGUGAUGUCUUGAGCUUGGAUGACUCCCGCUACAGCAUUAAGUUUGUGCCAAAAGAGAUGGGUGUGCACACAGUCAGUGUUAAACACAAGGACAUGCAUAUUCCAGGUCAGUUGUGAUGAUUAGAUAUGUAAGAUGUCACUUAAAUGGGAAACCCAUGACAGCAUGGUCCGUUACAAGUCACAGAAAUAAUGUUAAAAAAUCUAUUAUACCAGGGUGUCCAACCUUUUAGCUUCCCUGGGCCACAUUGAAAGAAGACCAAUUGUUUUUGGGCCACACAUAAAAUAUAUUUUGAGAUUACCAUGGUUUCAUUUUCACUUAGAACGCUAUUAUAGUAUGAAACAAUAUAUAUAUAUAUAUAUAUAUGGGUUCUUUAGUGCCAUUUAAGACAGAACUAAAUCAAGAGAUUUAUAUGAACUAUAUGAGUUUACAGUGAAACCAACGCUAUUAUAGUAUUUAUAUAUAUAUAUGUACUAUAAUAGCGUUGGUUUCACUUAUAAUAAAUAAUAUCAUAAAACAAGGAAAUAAUUAAAUAUUAUUUAAGAAAAUGAGAAAAGUACUGGUGUUAGUAAAACUUUUACAUUAAUGAUAUACUGAAAUCUUGUUUUUAAUAAAAUAUUAGAAAUUAGUUGUAAUAAUUGAUUACUAAAAAAAAUUGCUGUCAUAGCCAUUAAUCGACGAAUCAAUGGUUUUAACAAAAUUUUGGAAUGGGUAAGAUCCAGUAACUUUUGUUAUUGAAUAAUAAUUUAAUUUUUCUAUUGUCAUUGAACAAUAAUAUAAUUUUAUUUUUAUUACAGGCAGUCCCUUUGAGUUCACAGUUGGCCCUAUUGCCGGAGGAGGUGCACACAAAGUACAUGCUUCUGGACCUGGUCUCGAGAGGGGAGAGGUGGAUGUUCCCAGUAAGUCAUACACUUUCACUUUUUUGUAACAAAAUAUGAAUUUCAUCUAGUUAUCAUCUUUUAUUUUGUUGAAACUUUAUUCUUUGCAUUUAAUUAUUUAAGGGUAGAAUAUAUAUAUAUAAUAAACUAACAAAAAGUAUUGUUUAAUAAAUUGGAUAAAAACUUUUUUAUAUUUUUUAAAAUAUUUAAUGUGAAUAUGUAAUGUUAUUACAUUAUCAAACAAACAUGGCUUUAUCAGUUUUCAAAAAGUCUUACCCCACGUUUAGCAUUUAAAAAAUAUUUAUGAGAUACAUUUAAUACACAUUUCUGCAGAAAAGUAAUACAUUAAAAAAAAAUUAAGAAAACCAUUUCAUGAGGUUCUCAUGUCUUUGUCAGAUGAGUUCAACAUCUACACAAGAGAAGCUGGUGCCGGAGGCUUGUCUAUUGCCGUUGAAGGACCAUCCAAAGCUGAGAUUGACUUCCAGGACAAGAAAGAUGGAUCAUGUCAAGUAUCUUACAGAGUUUCAGAGCCUGGUUAGUAGCACAAAUCAUUUUUUAGUGUACAAAAUACUUAUCAAUAACUGUUUAAUAUAUUCAUUUUUUUAUAUUAUUUAAUUACAUCAAUAUUCCAAUGGGAAACAAGACCAUAAAUGUCAUCAAUCAGCUGUAAAAUCUAAAAAAAAAGUUUACCAUGAAAUCUCUAAUUCUUAAUUAAAAAAAAGUAUAUGUUUAAUGCUAAUAGCAAAUUUAAAUUCUUUAACUAACAGAUAUCCAUGUUAAAAAACAUUAAUAUAUUUGUAUGCUCCCUGUUUUUCUGUUUUCAUUUAUUUGAUCAGGACUAUAAAUGGUUUUUGUUACUGUAAUUUCAGGAGAAUACUAUGUCUCGGUUAAGUUUAACGAUGAGCAUAUCCCAGACUCUCCUUUCCGUGUCAACAUUACUCCUUCCAUUGGUGAUGCCAGAAAAGUUGCUGUACAAUCUCUUCAAGAUAGAGGAUUACAGGUAAUUUGUCAAAAUAAAUCAAGUAGAGGAUUGAUAAAGCACAGUGGAUAACACCUACAUUCAUAGUAACAUUAAAAGAAGAAAACUAGAAAACAAUAAAUAAUUAUAAAAACUAGAAAACAAUAAAUAAAUAAAUAUAAUAUAACGUAGUGAAUAUUUAUGAGUUGGCUUCCAAUAUUAUCCAUCCAUUUGUAAAUGUUGCUGAAGUGGAAGUUAGUGAUAAGAAAAUGUUACAUUAAUGCAAAACUCCUUAUUAUAGGUGGGCAAACCUGCAGCCUUUGUGGUCAAUUUCAAUGGUGCCAAGGGCAGACUGACAGCCACUGUGGUGUCUCCAUCAGGUUCUGAAGAGGAGGCUCUUGUACAAGACCUUGAUGAUGGUAAGUAAAUCAUUGACAAGAAUGAGCUAUUAAAAUGUUUAUUUUAAAAGAUGAAAAGAAAUUUAUUUGUUUCAUUUAUACAUAAAAAUAUGGAAAAAUAAUGAGUAUCUCCAGCAGCUAUAGUUAAAAUUUAUUUUAGUUAUGAUAUAUAAAUUAAUUCUCCUCUUCUAUUUCUUCCUUAAAGCUAAAUUAUGUUGUAAUAGGAUGUUACACUGUUCUGGUUAAGAAAAAUUGUAGUUUGAAAUAAUAUUCUCUAAAAUUUGUAUAGUUAUAUAUGUAAUGUUUAUGUUUAUACACAUUCUCACACCUUUUACUUCAAUGAUGCUCACAGGCAGAUACGCAGUCAGAUUCAUCCCAAGAGAGAAUGGUGUCCACUUUGUCCAUGUUCUUUUUGACAACUACCACAUCCCUGAAUCUCCCUUCAAGAUCUGUGUGGGCAAGAUUGAUGCUGAUGCUGGCAAGGUCACAGCUUAUGGAGAUGGUCUUAAGACUGGCAGAACUGGUUAGUGGUGAAUAAGUAAACUGAUUAAUCUGAAAAAACAACCUGGGUUUUAGCUUCUUUUAUCUAUUUGUUAAAUAAAUUAAGCCAAUAUCAAUAGGUUUCUUUGCAAUCUUUGUUUUUUUAACAGUAAGGCCAAAACUUUCUAUUGGCUGAACCCUAAAUGAUUUGAAUGUUUAAAGACAAAAGCAAAAAGAGCUCCAUUUGAUUAUUAUAUAACCACAGCUGGGUGAGACUGUCUCAUGAAUGAUACUUUCCCUAUCAGCAUGUUAAUAAGACAAAUUUAACUCUGCCUUUUAUCACUUGUGUGGACUUAUGGCCAUACCUUCAUGUUUAAAUAUAUUUGAUGUUUUUGUUGACGACAGGCCAAGUAGCCAAGUUCAUCGUCAACACAGUCAAUGCAGGAUCGGGAUCCCUGGCCGUCACUGUGGAAGGCCCAUCUAAAGUUAAAUUGGAAUGUAGAGAGGUAAGUUGCAUCAAAUAAACCACACCAAAUACACUUACAACCUGAUAGUUUAUUUUUAAAGUGUCUAUAUCAUAAAUGUUACUACCCUAACUUUUGACUACUCUUUAUCAGUGCUCCCCAAAGUGGUGUCCAUGGACCAGUGCCGGACUGCGCAACAUAAAUAUUUAUGGUUUACAAAAAAUAGAGAAAUAAAAAUAAUAAUAAAUCUGAAAUUGGUCCCUGUGUACAUUUUUUAAUUUGUUUACCAAAAUUAAAAGUUGGGAAAACGCUGCUCUAUAUCUGACUUUGACAUUUAUUUCAGGGAUAAUGUCUACUCUCAAAAAACAGAGUCAGCUAAAUGACUUCUAAAUAAUUGUAUUUUUUAAUUACAAUAAUUUUACAAUGAUAUAAUUGAUAUCAUGUAUUAUUUCCUUAAACUCUUGUUCCUAAUCUAGUGACUUCUACUGCUCCACUCUCGCUGUUGUUCACAUAUUUAGUCCACUUUCUUUACUCAUGUAACAUUCACUAGGUAAUAGUAACAAUUCAUUCAUGCUUUAGUGGUCACAUGGAUAUUGUAUUGUUACAGAUGUCUGAAAUAAUUGUGUUAACUAUACUACAUUUUUAAAGGUUGAUGAGGGCUAUGAGUUCAGCUACAGUCCUACUGCACCUGGUGACUACUUGAUCUGUAUCAGAUAUGCAGGUGUCAACAUUGCAGGCAGUCCAUUCAAGGCCAAGAUUGAAGGUGAGAACAGACCUGUUUACUCUUAAGAUUUUGACAUACAAUGUACGAUUUUGAGAUGUCUUUUAUGAUUGUACACCAAAACCUGUCAGAACUACGAUUUUGAUAGACCGGGUUGAAAAUAUAUACAUUCCUGUAGUUUUUUUUCGAUUAAAAAGCAAAAUUAAUUCAUUCAAAGAUAGGCCUACAUUUUCAAUUGUUAGUUUUGAUUUGCAUUCUGCAUCCAGCGGUGAAUGCAUCGAGAAAUAGGAUUGGUUGAGGACCAUCUAUAAUUAUAAUAUAUUUGCCCUGAGAGGCUAAAGCAGUCGUGUUGAUUUAGAUUUUGUGCAUAAGGGUGGGUCUAAAUAUUUAAGUCUAUAACAUUAUCACUGCCACAUUUUCGUAAUGAAUGGGGGGGGGGGGGGGGGGUGUAUGUGUGUUAUUAAAAAAAUUCUAAAAUAUUCAUCCAAAAACUCUGAAAGUCCAAAAAUAGAAUAUUUAUAUCUCUAUUGCCGUAAAAUAUCAGCUGAUGUUUAGUAGGAAUUAUUGUUGUGAUGUUGCCAUAUAUUUUCACAAAUGAACUCGCUAGCUAUACUCAGAUAUUACUCACUAUUAGAGAUAUUACUAGACCACCGUAUGUUCAAUGUGCGUAUGUUCAAUGCAUGUGCCACUCAUAUUUGGUUGGGCUAUGCUAGUAAUUCUAAAUUUUUUUUUGCCCUGCGCCUUUGCCAAAUUUAGGUUUUCAACAGGCUCCCUGUGUGAAAUUCCAACAAAUACACUUUAAAAUAGCAAAUACAUAAACAGAAUAAAAUAAAGGGUUAGGUAAAUAUAAAUAUAAUAUUUAUGUAGGUCACUGAGCGCCAUCUAGUAGCUGCAAACAGUAGUUACUCCAGUGGGCUACUGUUUAAACCACAAACAAAAGUUGUCACAUUGGAUUAAACAAGGAAAUAAAAUUAUGAAAAUUGUGUAAUAUUUUGCAACGCUCCUGUAACCCAUGCAGAAAAAAAUCUUCAACUCCCCUAUCUCUGCGGACCAGUGAAAGGAUAAUUUAUUGUGCCCUUUGUCUUGGAGAUGUAAAUGGGAUUUUAUAGCUUAAUUUACUAUUAAGUUUCUUUCUAAAGACGAUUUUGGCGCCUGUUACUCUCCACCCCAUUCUCAUGGCCCUGCCCGAGGGCAAAUAGCACCCAGGGCGAUGUGGCGUAUAUUUUGGUAAACAAUGGUCUCGCCAGUGGUGAAAACCUGUGCCACAUUUUUUUUACUGUAACAUAACUAUAUAAAGAUUAUUAGAUUGUUUUGGUUGGGAGGGGGCAGUUUGAACCACAUUGAAUAGCACCUGUAACUUUAUUUUUACUAGUGACAGACUGUUACAAUGUGAUCUGCAUGUUCACCUAAAUAUUAAAUGCUAUCUAUAGCAUAUAAACGUCUGCAAAAAAAAGUAACUGCAGUUUGGAGUUAACAUCAGGCAUCUACUUUUUACCUUUAUUUCCCUUUUUUUACACCAGCUCUACUCAAUUCUACUAGACACGCUAUGCGAGUUUACAUUAUGAAUACUGUAUGUUGACUUAUUUACUAUUGAGAUACUGUUUUGUACAAUUUUGAGACAAUAUUGUACGAUUUCAGGAGUUUGAGAGUAAAAAAGUCUGUGAGAACCUUCAUAAACUUCAUUACUUUACAGUAUAAAAAUUAUUGUUGGAUUUAGACUUUAAUUAUGUGAUUAAAUGGAAAUUAUCAAUACGAUUAAGUCUCAGAAAUUGAGUAAAGCCUGUUUAUGUUCAAAAUGCAAUAUUAACCUAAAACUAGCGAUACCGGUAUAAAAAAUAUUUUAGUCUCGAUAAUUCAAAUGGAAAUUAAUGUAAAAACGUUUGUCGCAGUCAGACGAUAAGGAGGAAAAUUUUUAAAAGCAUAUUUUUUAUUAGUGCACUUUAAAUAAAUUCUAUCUAAUAUGUAGUAAAGUAUUUAACUAUAAAAUUCAUAUUUAGAAUAUAUAAACUGAUUUACCUUUGUAUGAUCCAGGCCAAGGUCAGCCAAGUGCAAUGCAAGAGCAUGCGUCGGUUGUAGUUGAAACUGUGACUAAGACAAGCACCACCACCAGAUUCAGUGGCAUUCAGAGAUUUAGCUCUGAUGCCAGCAAGGUCACCGCAAAGGGUCAAGGUCUCACCAAAGCUUUCCGUGGCAAAACUGCUGCCUUCACUGUUGAUGCAUCAGGAGCUGGUGAGUUUCAUUCUAUAUUAAUUAAAGAGUAAGAUUUAAUAUUUAAAGCACUUGUAUAUUAUAAGUUCCACUUAAGAUUUUUUUGGUUGCAUGAUUUUAUUUCCUUAAAAGACCUAAUUAUUUCUUUCAUCCAGUUUUUAUUGUCUUGAGGAAUACUUAAAAUCAGUGUGUAUAAACUCUAUAGUAUCAGCAGAAGGGCCCCUUGUAUUAGUUAUUAGUUUUAAAAGAAAUCUUAUUCUCUUAGGUCCAGUGGAAACUGCACAUUUUUAAAGGAUAAAAUGUAAUGGAGAAAUCUUUUUUAAAAACCAACUGUGAAAUACAGUCAUUAAAAUACAGUCAAAGAAAGUCAUUGGAACUAAGGGUUUUCAGACCUAAAUAUCUAAAGGACAAAACCUCACCAUAUAUCUAUUUAAAUAGCUAAUCCCUAAAACGAUUUUUUUUGUAAAGUGGAAAUAGGGGUAUUAAAUUAAACAUUACAAUCAUUUAAGAAAGAUGAAAUAAAUAAUUCAAAUCUAUAUUCUAUCCUCACCAGGAAACAACAUUAUGUAUAUUGGCAUGAUGGGACCUAAAGGCCCCUGUGAUGAGCUAAUUGUCAAACACCAGGGCAACCUGCAGUACUCAGUCCAGUACAUAGUCAAGGAAAGUGGUCGCUACAUGCUCAUCAUCAGAUGGGGAGACCAGGAGAUCCCUGGCAGUCCUUUUGCUGUUGAGGUGCAGUAGGCUCGACUAGGAAAGUUUUUAACAAUUUUUAACCAACAAAUUUUAGGAAUCAAAUUGAUUUUUAAGUUUCGGGGUCAAGUACUCUUGAAAUAUCUGUACAUUAACAAAGGACAUUAAUACUUGAAGUGAAUAUAUAAUUGCUGCGUGUUUCUGACUGAGAUUUAUUGCUGACAUCCUUGCUUGUCACUUGACUGUGUACACAAGAUGUAAGCAUCAUAAAUCUAGGUAAUUUUUAAAUUUUAGUUUGUGAGCCAUCAAUUUUAGAUACAAACUGCACACAGUGCAUUUUUGCAUUUAAGCACUACUUUGAAAUUUUUUUUUAAAGGUAGACAAGAUUUAUGAUUUAUUUCAUAUAUGCAUAGAUUUUUUUUUCUUUACUAAGACAAUUUAGAAUAAUUAAUGUAUGUAUGAUAAAUAUUUCCAUUUUUAAAAAAAAAAUUAUUAUAAUACUGAACCACGUCCGAUUCAAUGUUGAUCUGAAAAACUACACGUCCUCUUUAAAAGUGCCUAUGAACUACUGUAUUUAAAAAAGAAAAUUCCAGCUGUGUUGUAAAAUAAAAAGUAAAAAAUUUAUAACGGAGGUUCAGUUUAUAUUUGAAUACCGGUAUGCAAAAACAUUUUUUUACAAGAAAAGAUUGUUUUCUAAAGUAAUUUGGUUUUUAAGAAUUUUAAAACUAUAAGUAAUGUUAAUGGUUGUGAAUAUUUGUUUGGAAUGCAUAACCAUGGGCCUUACAUCAGGAAUCAUUGAAUACAGUAUCAAGAGAUAUGUGUAUGUUGAUGCAUUUUAAAGAAUGGGUGGUGUUUUAUUGAAAAUUUAGAAUAGUUUUUUUGUGUUAUUUUAAUGUGUCAAAUAUUCAUGUAAAUCAUCAUUUAUAAAAUGGGAAAGUUAGAAUCUUUUAACUAGUAAAAAUACAAUAUGCCAAUAGCGUCAUCAAAAAUUAUCUUUUCAAUAUACAAAACUUUACUUACUAAAAAAUUUCUUAGUAGUAGAAAUUAGAAUUCAUUUGUAAAUACUAGAUUUGAUAAAUAUAUAUUCAUAAUUUAUAAAAAAAAAAAUUCUUAUCAAUGAGAAAUUCUUUUAGCAAUAAAAAUGAGGUAUAAUUCUUCCAUAUUCAUUGACAAGAUUUUAUGUAUCAUAUUUGUGUGUGAUCUUUAGCACUGCUCUGUUCACUGUUAUGUUAUCUUUCUCCACCGUUCUAGAAGAAAACAUUAAUUGUAUGUUUUUUCAAAAGGUGCUAUUUACUGUAUUUAACCAUUUAAAAUAGGUUUCACUUGACAUGUGAUAAGUCCAAUAAUUAAAUGAACUAAAUUAAACUCGCAUUUAAUCGAGCAAGCUUAUACUUAUUGGUCAAUAUUAAAAUAUUUUUAUGAUUUAGCAUGGGAAUUAAUGAAAGUAUGAAAUAAUCUUAAAGUUUGCUUAGCUUUUAUUUUAUUUUAUUUACUGUAUGUGUUUCUAAGCAUAUACAUGUGCACACAGAAUAUAAUAUAUAUUUAUAACUUUUCUUUAAAAAUAUGAAUACAUAUAUAUUUAAGAAUUUUCAAAUCUGUUCAUCUUGUGUAUUGUCUAAUUAAAAAAUUGUGUACAUAAUACAUACUUAUAUAUAUAAUAUAUAUACUUUAGCUGUCUUAAUUGAUGGCCUAAAAAAAAAUCAUUGUUUUUCAUUUAAUGUGCUUGUGAUCAUAUAAAAUACUCCUUGCAAAUGCUUUUUGCUCUAGCAUUUAUAAUGCCUAUACUAUUUUCUCCAGUGUAUUUUUAUUGAUUAAAAAAAAUUUCAUCAAAUAAGUUUUUCUUCUUCAUUAUUUCAGAAAAUAGUAUUGCUUUCAAUGUUUGUCAUUUUAAUUUUGUUUCCAUAUUAAAAUUAGGCAGUACACUUUAAAAAAAAAAAAAAACAGUCCUUAACACUCUUUAUUUUUUAUUUAAACAAGUUUUUCUGUUUAUUUAUUAUAAUAAGAAAAUCAUUCAACAUUUAUAUGAAUUUUACUGACUUAUUUGUCAAUGCUUAUAUAGUAGAAGAUAUACCUAAAAUAAUUUUUUAAAACACUAAUAUUACACUUUAAGAUUCAGAUCAAUCAAAACUAUCAUUGAAUCAUUCUUUUUGUUGUUCAAUUGACUCUAAGGCUUGUAUGUAGGUUUGUAUGCAUGUGAAUAUACCUGUCUGUGCUGCAGGAAAUUCACAGUGUCAGACUAAUUUUUGACUGCUCAAUCUUACAUUGUGUGUGUUCAUCAUGGUUCUGUGUUGAGUUUUUUUUUAUAUACACAUUUAUUUUUAAGUUUAUUUUUGGAUGUGUGCGUCUGCUAGUCUGUUUAUUUUUGCUAAUAUGCAACUUAUUUUAUUUUACUGACAAUAGGCUCUUUUCAUUAAAUUUCUUUUUUGUAAAC